UCCGGAGUGGCGCACACGCGCAGAAAGCGACUGAGAGAGAAGCGACUGAGGGAAAGAAAGAGAGAGAGAGAGAGAAAGGCACAUAUCUCCACACACCCGCCUGACUUUUUUAAUUUUGUAACUGAAUUUCGCAGCCUUUAAUCCCACCCGCCCGCGCUUUCUUCCGUCUCCGGCGGCUGAGGAGACCCGUGAGGGGACCGUAGGGCGGCCUGGGCUGAGUCUCCGCCCUUCGUCCUCCCUCGGCCGGUGGGGGGGGGACGAGGUCCCCUCAAAAGAAGACUUUCCACACCUUUCCCCUCAGAGCCGGCGGCGGCCCUGCGAGAGGAGCUCGGGAUGGCGGCGGCGGCGGCGGACGACGACAAGGGUAAGCGGCGCUCGCCUCAGACUGAGGGCGGCCGAGGGGAGACGAGCGCCCUCCCUCUUCCCCUCAGAACUUUCUCGCGCGCUCUGGCCACGCCCCUUCCGAACGGCUCCCCCCUCGCGAACGCUCGAAACGGCGGCCCCCUCCCCCUUCCCCCCUCUCAAUAUCACGCCACACCUGGCGCCCCUCCCCUUCGGAACGCCCGAGGGAACGGUCGCUCUCGCCACGCCCACCACCCGCCCCUCCCUCGGGAUCGCUUGCGGCCACGCCCCCUCGUAGAACGGUUUCGUGGCUCCUCCCUUUUCGGGAGCUGCCAACCCCGGGAUCCUUCUCUUGGCUCCUCCCCUUUAAAAUGGGGGCGGGGUUCUAUCUUGCUCCGCCCACUCCCUUGCUCCCCUACUUCUCUACCUGUUCCAUCUUCCUAAGGCAGUGGUGUCCAAACUUUUUUCAAAGAGGGCCGGAUUUGAUGAAGUGAAGGGCCGUGAGGGCCGACCAAAGUUGUUAACUUUUUUAAGGAUUGAAGUUGUUGAGGUGUUGUUUUUUUUUAGGAUUUUACCCCAGGAAAUAAACUGCCAAAGGCGCCGGAUUAGGCCCCCAAAACGGGUUUUGGACAUGCCUGCCCUAAAGUAAUCUGGGCGUUGUUACUUUAAUUGUUAAUUCUCAGCCUCUGUGGCUCCUCCCAUUUGCUCUGGCUCCGCCCUCAAUCUCCCCUAGCCCCUCCCCUUUAGAACCUUCAGGCUUCCUUAACCCCGCCCCAACUUCAUAAAGCCCUGCCUUCCUGUGUGAUCUUGUUCCGCCCCCAUAUGAGCUACCCUAAAGCCUCAUCCUCUUGCCCUCAUCCUCAUCCCCAUUCCUCCCAGAGCUCCUGAGCUUCCUGCUUUCCCCCAGUCCUCUCUCCCAGCAGUGCUCUCCAUUCCCUUUCUUGUGCCCCUCAUUACUCACUCUUCUCUCUCCUCCUUCCACCUUAGAAGCCCCCACCCCAAACUCCUGGUUUCUUAGCUUGAAGAACCACCCAGCCUUCCUGAUCUAUUGGGUCCUGCAGCCUUCAAGGUUUGCGUGCGCCAUGUGGCCUUUUCUCAAAACUUUCCUGCAUGGUUGUUAUCUUAGUCACUUUCAUUGAUUUCUACCAUUGAUUAUCGCUUAAUGACAAUGGUCUCCAAGUGCUUGUCAGUAAAAAUGGGUUAAAAUAAUGAAAUGAGAGCUCAGUUUAAAAGCCUGCUGGAAGAAAACAAAGUUUGGAAGUUCAGCAGGGAAGGGGGCCUGUCUGACCUCAACUGGAAGGGAGUUCCAUAAAAUUGGUUCUUGAAAUUCUCUCCCUCCCCAGAUCCUUCCUCUUCCCCCUCCUGCUGGCUUAAACCCUGCAGCCUUGAUUCUCUGCCCCUCUUUGGGAUCCUUCCGGGUACCCCUGCCCCCACAACACCCCCCCCACUUCCCCAUCAUCCUUCUGCCUUGCAGCUUUGCCUCUCUUCUGGACACAUCCUUGUUUUUGCCUGUUUUGUCACCCCUUCGGUCGCAAAUCUCCUUUGUUUUCACUCUUACUGGAGAAGCCGGUGUUGUGGUAACCUCUAAACACUUGUCCUCAACCCCCUGGGGCGCUUCUUAACUUCCCUUGUUCAUAAAGGCUUGGCUUGGCGCCUCGAGCUUUGAUGCAAGAUUUAAUUUGUGCCUUUAAUUGGCGGCACUGAAAACUUUCCCUUUCAGACCAGCCCACGGUGGUGAUGAGAAGGGAGGCUGCGAUGGGGAGGUGCCUCCCCGUUCCCCUCUUUCAGGAUUGCAUUUUAGCCGAGGUCGGGGACGAGAGAGUGUUCGUGGGCGGGUGGGUUUUCUGCUCCUGGUUCAGCGACACCUUUUUCCCGACGGUGUGCGAUAAAAGAUAUAAAAAAAGCCAUUGCAAUUGUUCUCGUGACGCCGGACUAGCGCUAAGUUAAUAUUUAUCAAGCUGCUGUGUAACUGUAAGCGCCGGGAAUGCGCAUCAGAUGUUUUCGUGAUCCCGGGCCAGACCUGUUGACUUGGAAAUUGCAGCGCAAACAGAAAUGUUAGCAGUUGCUAAUGACAGAGGGCCUGUGUCAUCCCCUCAUAUUUGUAAUUGAUAGGGGUAGCCGGAGCCCACGUUAAGGCAUUCCUGGCCUGGUGUCUUUGCUCCUCUGCACCAACUCGCUGCUGGUGUGCUUUGUACAUUAUUAGCAAGUUCCGUCUCUGUUAUCUGGUGCCUGGAAUGCCGGGUUUUGGAUAGUGAAGAGUAGCCUGAUCAAAUCGCCCCGCCCCCGAGCUACGGAAAGCCUGGGGGAAGUCCCAUCUCUGAGCUCGGAGGCGGGACGUGUAUUUUAAAGACCACAACUUGAUAGUAGAGCAUCGGCGUUGCAUGCAGAAUGCUGCAGGUUAAACAUAAGAACAGCCUGCUGGAUCAGGCCAAAGGGGCCCAUCUAGUCCAGCAUCCUGUUCUCACAGGGGCCAACCAGAUGCCAGUGUGAAAAACCCAAAAGCAGGAUCCGAGCCCAAGAGCCCUCUCCCCUCUGGCGGCUUCCAGCAACUGGUAUUCAGACUUAAUCAUGCACAGCCUCGUUAAACUCUGGAACUUCCUCCCACUGGAGGCAGUGAUGGCCUCAAAGGAGGAUUGGGCAAAUUUCAUGGAGGGGGAGAGGGCUACUGAGGGCUUCUAGCCGCGAUGGCUGUGCUCUGUCUCCAUGGCCAGAAGCCGCAAUGCUUCUGAAUAUCAGUGGCUGGAAACUAGAGGACUCUUGUACUCGGGUCCUGCUUGAUGGUUUCCUGGAAGAGGCAUCUCAUUGGCCACUGUGAGAACAGGAUGCAGGGCUAGGUGAGCUCCAUUGGCCUGAUCCAGCGCCAGGGCUCUUCUUAUGCUCUUAUGCUUCCAGCCAUGGGGAGUUACACAACAUGGUCCUUUCCUGAACGCACCUUCAGUGUGGUGCAUGAGCUCCUUUCUAGGUGCUGUUUGCAAUUUAGCAUUGUACAGUGGUACCUCGGAUUAAGAACUUAAUUUGUUCCGAAGGUCUGUUCUUAACCUGAAACUGUUCUUAACCUGAAGCACCACUUUAGCUAAUGGGGCCUCCUGCUGCCGCUGUGCCACUGCUGUGCGAUUUCUGUUCUUAUCCUGAAGCAAAGUUCUUAACCCGAGGUACUAUUUCUGGGUUAGUGGAGUCUGUAACCUGAAGCGUCUGUAACCCGAGGUACCACUGUAGUGGUAAAAGGCUCACAUGGCAGAUCCUACACUGUGUGUGUGUGUGUGUGUGUGUGUGUGUGUGGAUCUAGUUGUUGCCAUUCCUUAAACGUUGGUUCCAACCUUACUUUCCUGCGUUUGAGAUGCGAAUCCCUACGCAAGUGAAAAUGUCAGAAGGAAGGUGCCGGUCGUCGAGGUAGAAAACAUUUUCUGAACCCACAGCUGUUCCUGACUGGGUGCACGCUUGCAGAGGUGAAUGUCACUGUGCCAGUUGCUAAAGUGUUGGUCCUGGGAGACUGGGGUUCAGAUCUCCAGCCAGCCAGGAAGCUCACCUUUGACCAGUUAUGGUCUCCCUCUGCCUAACCGGCUGCGCUGGGUUGUUGUGAAUAUAAUAUGGGGAAGUGCAGGAAAACCAGGGGCGGGGAGUCUCAGGCAGUGCAACCCUCUAGGCCUCCUUAUUGCCUUUGUAACUCUCCAGGUCUUACAUACCCUCCAUGGACACACCCCAGUUUUUUUACCUGGCUUAUACUCUUGAUAGCGCUUUUUUGACUGCUGGGAUGGAAUAUAGAGAGGUGUGUAUGAGUUCCUGCAGACAAAGGUAAAAUUCACAUUCACUGCUCCACCCACUUUUGUGUCUCGUCACCCACCACCAUCAUGUGGCCCUAGGAAGGAUGCCCCAGAGGAUAAUUUGGCCCUCAGAGAUGCUUUUGCAGGCAUGGUUUGGCUGGCUGUUCCCCAGGUUGCAGGGUCUUGAAGUAUGCUCGUGUUUUGGGGGGUGAUGUGCGGGCAAGUAGGGUCUUGUUCCCUGUGGGUUUUGAAUUGGCUUCUUGCAAAGGCCAGGUGUUUGUUUGUUUUUUGCCAGCUCUUCUCUGUGACCUUGGCUAGCUGCUGCAUUUGGGCAAUUGUCUCCCUUGGGCAUUCAAUUUUUUUAAAAAAUGUCCGCAGUUGAGCAGGUUUAUGCAGGAGAUGCAUUUGUUCUGGUUCUGCUGAUGUGCAGAACGUGGCCUCUCGCAGGACUGGGUGGGGAAGGGCUGAAGAUCAGUGGUAAAGUCACUGUAGAGCAGCUGCCGGUCAGUGUAGACAAUACUGAGCUAGAUGGGCCAAGGGUCUGACUGAUAUAAGGCAGUCUGUUUAUGCCAGCUUUUCAUUCACAACCAUGAGGACUGGAAUCUUGACUAUUAUUUUAAAGGGAAGGUCCAGAGUUCAGUGGCUGAGUGCCCGUUUGCAAACAGAAGGCCCUGGUUCAAUCCCACUUAGGUCUGGGAGUGUCCCCUUGCCUGAAACCCUUGAGAGCUGCUGCCAACCCGUGCAGACAGUAUUGAGGUAGAUCUGUAUAAGUCUGCUUUGUAUGUUUCAGCAUACUGUGGGACCUGGAGCAGGAAUAGUUUCAUGCUUCUCUGUCUCCCCCACAAUUUCCAGCAGCAGAAGUGGAACUACAGUGGUCCCUCGGGUUAAGAACUUAAUUUGUUCUGGAGGUCCAUUCUUAACCUGAAACUGUUCUCAGCCUGAGAUACCACUUUAGCUAAUGGGGCCUCCCACUGCUGCCGCCGAACGAUUUCUGUUCUCAUCCUGAAGCAAAGUUCUUAACCCGAGGUACUAUUUAUGGGUUAGCGGAGUCUGUAACCUGAAGCGUCUGUAACCUGAAGCAUCUGUAACCCGAGGUACCACUGUAAUUUAAGCAGCUUCACGAUGAGAUGGCUGGGCCUUUCUAGGUGCUGGAUGGCAUUUCUUAAAAGCUCCCCACCGGCAGGGAAUGCAUCCUCACCUUCUGCCGCGAUAAGUCCACGGACUUUGAUUCUGAUGGAUGUGACUAACCUGGAGUGAUGCAAUCUCAGGGCUUGGCUGGCGAGAUUUCUGUGCCUUCGGCAGGUAAGUGCUUGCCACAGCCAAGCCCUGUUCCUCCGCGAGGGACGUCCCCGUGCAAAACAAAGCCUGUGACCUUAGCUCCAGAGAACCAGCAGCUCCUCUGCUGCAUAUCAGGGCUAGAUUGUCCCAAGAGGGUAGGGCCCGAACUGAUGGACUUAUCGAGAAAGGAGAUUCCAGCUGAACAUUAGGAGGCACUUCUGGACGGUAAGAGCUGUUUGACAGAAGGUGGUGGACGACUCCCGUGUGUGACACAGGUGUUCUGCCACUGAGUCACAGCCCUUUCUGUUUAAAUGAGCCCUUUAUACAAAACCAUGAGAACUAGAAGCGCUAUUUCUAGGGAACCAGAGGAAGCUUCCUUUAUACUGAGCCACACCUUUGGGCCAUCUAGCUUCGUAUUUCCUACUAUGCUGAGAGGCAAUGGUUUUGCGGCAUUUCUGAUAGCGGGGGCGUCCCCAAUCCUACUUGGAGGUGCCUUCAGGAACUGAGCUCUGGUUCCUUCUGCAUGCCAAGCAAGUGCCCUGCCACUGAGCUACCACCCUUCCUCUUGGCUCCAUUGGGUAGGCUCUGCACAGCGUCCCUUUACGGAACCUGACUUUUUCUAUCAGGGUACCUGCUUUGUGGAAUGUCCUUCCUGCUAGGGUCUGCAAGACCUAAUUGCAGGUGGUCUUCCAUCCCUGAGUAAAAAAUGUGGGGUUAUUUACUUAUUUAUUGUUUGUUAGAUCUGGUAGUCACUUGUUACUGAAGGGUCUCCAUAUUUAUAAACAUAAAUAUAUUUUAUUGAUGUUAUUGCACCUUUCCUCCAGCAAGCUCAAGGCGGCAAAAUUCUCCUCCCCAUCCCAUUUUAUCCCCACAGUAACCCUAUGGGGUAGGUUAGGUUGAGAGUGAGCAGCAUUCAAAAUCAGCCCAGGUGCAUUUUGUGACUGGCGCAGGCCCAGUUGUGGCCACAUGGCGAUCUCUGGAUCCAGGUUGGCAACUGGGAAAAGCAAAAUGUCACAGAAGGAUCUGAAAGAUUUUCUUUGAAGCUUGAGUUAGUUUUAUUCUGGAUUGUUUUAUUUGAUUUUUUUUUAAUGUGUUGUAAAUUGCUUUGAGAUUUGUUCUUUAAAAUAUAAAGCGGUAUAGAAACAAUAAUAAUAAUACCAUCAGGGGGAACGGUGCCUAGACAUUCCAUUGUGGUGACUGCAACUUAGGUUUAAGGUGCCGUUUGGUGAUUAGAUUAUAUAUCUGAGUUGCUACGCCUGGAGUGAAUGACUGGCCAAAGGUCACUCUGUGAGUUUCAUGGCAGAGUGGGGAUUGGAACCCAGGUCUCUCCCUCUUCUCUCUCAGGUUCUCCUAGUCCAACACUCCUACUAUACCACAUUGGCUCUCCAGAUAAGCACAUUAUAACAUUGGAACAUUGAUCCAAAAGCACAUGCAAUUCAUUAAAAAAAAUACAAAACAACUUCCUGUCCCCCCCAUAUAGCAACUACAGGAAGCUUUGGCUGUUACCGAGACUGAAAAGCGUCUUUCCUGGGUGUGCUUUAAACGACUCUGGCACUUGUAGUUAGGAAGGUUUGCCAGGUAUUUCAUCAGGGAUUUUACUGAUGUUUGAUUUGGUUUGUGUUUUAAUUCACUUGAUGGACCGUUCAGUCGCCAAGAGGAUGGCUUAUAAGCGCCAAUAUGUCUGCGGUUGUGCUGCUGAGGUAUACCUGUGUGUGGUAGUUGAAUAUUGUUCAGUGGCUCGGGGAGCCUGCCCCAUCAGUCUUUUUCAGGCCAGGUCGAGCGUCCGUCAAUGCAUUUUUACUGAUGAGUAGGAUUGGCAAUUGCAAGGAACUUAAUACAGCAAUGCAGUUAAAACAAUAUACCACAUUAAAGCAAGCCCAGGGGAAAGAGUGAUGGAGGUUUAAAAGAGCAGUUGAAGUUACUGCCACUGCCCACCAGUGGAAUCUCUGCCUUUUUCUGUUUAAUAAUAAAUAUAUGUACUGUAUAUAUGUUGUGCAAUUUUCCAGGGCUGGUAUCAGCCUGCAGCAUCCUUGAGGACAGAGCCAGGGCUUCAGUGCUUUGGCAAAGUGUUGGCAGGCAGGUAGACGUCCAGCUUCUCUUCUACUAUGUGGGCCUGGGACGUAAGAAGUGCCUGCUGGAUCAGGCCAAAGACCCACCGAGUCCAGCAUCCUGUUCUCAUAGUGGCCAACCAGAUGCCUCUUCCAAGAAACCAGCAAGCAGGGUCUGAGCACAAGAGCGCUUUCCCCUCCUGCGGUUUACAGCACCUGGUGUUUAGUAGCCAUCUCCUCCGUGAAUUUGCCUAACCCUGUUUUAAAGCCAUCCUACUUGGUGGCUAUCACUGCCUCCUGAUGGAAGGAGUUCCAUUCCACAGUUUAACUGUGUCUCUGUGGGAGUCUAUUGUAUUUAAUUAUGGGGUAUCAGAGUUUUUAUGAGGUAUCAGAGAAAAGCAAAGGCAAACCUAGACAGCAUAUUAAAAAGCAGACACACCACCUUGCUGACAAAGGUCCAUAUAGUUAAAGCUAUGGUUUUCCCAGUAGUGAUGGGUGGAAGUGAGAGCUGGACCAUAAAGAAGGCUGAGCGCCAAAGAAUGGAUACUUUUGAAUUCUGGUGCUGGAGAAGACUCUUGAGAGUCCCAUGGACUGCAAGAAGAUCAAAAUGAUUCAUUCUGAAGGAAAUCAGCCCUGAGUGCUCACUGGAAUGACAGAUCCUGAAGCUGAGGCUCCAAUGCUUUGGCCACCUCAUGAGAAGAGAAGACUCCCUGGAAAAGACCCUGAUGUUAGGAAAGAUGGAGGGCACAAGGAGAAGGGGACGACAGAGGACGAGAUGGUUGGGCAGUGUUCUUGAAGCUACCAGCAUGAGUUUGACCAAACUGCCGGAGGCAGUGGAAGACAGGAGUGCCUGGUGUGCUCUGGUCCAGGGGGUCACGAAGAGUCGGGCACGACUAAACGACUAAACAACAACAACAACAAUCAGGAUUUUUAGGGGGCUAACCAGGCUGGGAUAGCAGGCUUGUUGGUUUCUGAAUGUCUGAUGUUGAUUUUCAAUUUCGUUGUUAUGUAUGGGACAAUGACAAUAAAGAUGAUCAUAUUGUGUUGCGUGUUGCUAUCGGGGCUCAUACCAGCUGGAGCAGCUUCACCCCAUUAUUGGUUGUAUGGCUUCAAAAAUGGCUUCAACCUUGCAAUAAAAGCAUAAAGUGGAUUCAGGAGGCCCGAUGGUCAGAGUCGCUAAAGGAGUCAUAUCGGUCAGGUGAUUAGUAGAGGUGAUGUUGCAAGCCAUAGCACAUGGCCUUUCAUGAUGCACAUCCAAUCAUCCUUCACGAUCCAGUGAUGGUCGCCAAGGAAUAGAAGAACCGUAGAAUCCUAGAGUUGGAAUGUACCCCAAAGGUCAUCUAGUCCAAGCCAUGACGAUACAGGAAUCGCAGCUAACGAAUCCCCAAAAGGAUUUAAAUCUCUGUUUAAAAAGCUUCCAGAAAGGAGUGUCUUCUACCUUUCCAGGUAGUUUGUUCCACCGUCAAAAGAACUCAGAAACUUUGCCAGCUGAAUCCGUUGGUUUGGGUCCUAACCAUCAAGGGUGCAAAGAAGAGGGGCUAUGAACAGAGAAGACUUUCGGUCACUCAAAGAGGGGUGUGUGUAAAAGAGUUUGCAUGGAGCAGAUUAAAUUCAUUCCGUGAAGAACCUCCAUGCGGAGGUGAGCAAAUAAGCAUGAAUGAACUGGUGUUUACAAAUGGCUGAAACACGUGGCUGUCUGUCUGUUGAAUGUGUUGUUUGGAACAUAUGGUACUUCCUUGAAUGUCGUCAUCCUCUCUCUCUCCCCCCCUCCUUUUCGAAGCAAAACUCUUGCAAUCUCUCCACGCUGCCUUCCAUGUGAUUCUGGCGCUGAGGGAGGAAGCCCCAUUGAACCCAACAGACCUUCCUCUUGCCGCAACAGGCUAUAUAGGGUUGAGCUGCCAAGCUUCUGUCCUCCUCCUGGCAACACCUGAGCUGGGUUUUUUUUUUUAAAAAAAAACCUCUAAGACUUCCAUGCCAGGAUGUUGGUAGCUGCCUUCAGUUUGGCGUUCUGUCUCACCGUAUUCGCAUUUCAAGCUCCUGCUGUAUUUGGUUUCCGUGAGCCUUGAGCCGCAAUAUUAAUUUUCUGGUAGUAGGAAGAUGAGAACGUACGAAGCUGCUUUCCCACUGGGUUGGAUCGUCGGCCUGUCUAACUCCACGUUUUCUGAGGUGGCUCUCCAAGGUUUGGGGCAGGGUGCCGCCCCCACUACUACCUGGCGAUGUCCGUGGGGAUUGAGCCUGUGACCCAUUUCGUUGAAGGUAGGUCCUCUGCCCCUGAGUUUACAGCUUUCACUGGGGUUACUUGAGACCUUGAGUCCCUGACAGGGACCAGAAAGUCCAGGAACACACCUUAAGAUCUCGGUUCUCGUGGUUCUGAGUAAAAAAGCUGAUUGAAAGGAGCGUAGAGAGUUUCUUUCUGCUGACUCGGACCCAUGGGUAUGUCUAGCUCAGUGUUGCCUACACGAGAGGGCAGCUGCUCUCCAGGAUUUCAAGCAGGUGUCCAAGCCAGCAGGGACUGAAUGUGGGUGCCAUCUCCUCAUGCGAAGCAGAUGGUCUGCCACUGAGCUGUGGCUCUUCGCCUAAAAAUGAAGCCGGAUUCUACUCCUCGUGAAUUAAAGGCUGAUUUUGUAGGGACAUUGGAAGCUGAGCUGUGGACCUUCCCUAAGAAGAGACUGUCUCUGGUGACUUGGAGAAAUGAGACCCAGCUCCUCCAAUCCCCUUUUCUUUUGCUAUGCUGUGGAAGGUGGGGGUUGCCACAAACCUGGAGAGGAAUGAGCCCAGAAUACCACCCGCUCCUUUCUCCCUGAAAGCAGCUACAGCUAUAGGUAUCUUCCAGAUGCCAUCUAGAUCUUCCUAGAUUGCAUCUUCCCUUGCCAUCCCUGAGGAUUGAUUGAUUGUAUUAAUAUCCCACCUUUUUGUCCAUGGAGCUCAAGGCAGCUUUCAUGGUUCUCUUUUUUUUUUUUUUUUAUAAUUUUUUUUAUUGAUUUUACAAACAAGUUUUAUACAAUACAAACAAAUAAAAAGACAUACAAACAUGUAUAAUUUCAUAACCUUUUUUUUCAUAACCCUCUCUUCUCGGACUCCCCCAAACCUCCCCUUCCUACAUCCCAAUUCCCAAAAUUAUUUCAGCAAAUUCUAAAUAAUUUUAUCAAAUAAAUUUUUCUUGUUUUUUUUCUUUUUCCUCAACUUAAUCUUAUGUCGCUGUAAUCUCCUUUUCUUUCUCCAAACCUCGACAUUUUAACAUUCCUCAAUUUUAUGAUAGUUCUUUAGAUAGAUUUUAAAUUUCUUCCAAUCUUCUUCCACCGUCUCUUUCCCCUGCUCACGGAUUCUGCCAGUCAUCUCCGCCAAUGUCAUAUAGUCUAUAACCUUCAUCUGCCACUCUUCCAAGGUGGGUAAGCUUUCAUGGUUCUCCCCCCUCCCUCAUUUAAUCUCCACAACAACCCUGCGAGGUAGGUUAGGCUGAGAAAAGACAGUGGCUGGCCCUAGGUCAUGCCCAGUGGGCUUCAUGGCAGAGCGGGGAUUUAAAACCCUAGUCUCCCAGGUCCUAGUCCGGCACUCAAACCACUACACCACCCCUGGAUCCUUGGCCACGCUAGUUCCCGGGGCUGCUGGGAGUCCAGAACAUAUGCAAGGCUACCUGAGUCCUAGUUCUCCCUUCUCGGCAGUGUUAGAAACUCAGAUAUAUAAGAUAGGCGCCAAAUGGCUCCUUAAACGAGGGUUGCAGUCGCCAAAACGGAAAGCCUAGUUGCCAUUUUGGGCCAGACGGCUCGGAAGUCGUAUUUUUCAGUGCGGCUUUUUGGUUUUCUGAAAUUCAUUCUAACUUAAGGUUACCAGAUUUUUUUUCAAUCAAUCCGGGGACACUUUUCAACUUCAGUAGGAAUGAUAGGAUUUUGUCAGGGGACUGGUUUGUAAAUCCGGGGACUGUCCCCGGGAAAUGGGGACGUCUGGUAACCUUAUUCUAACUGUGCAGGUAAAAGAUAAUGGAUAGGUUUCUACAGGAUGUGUUGCUCAUGUGUGAAUACAGUCCAGAUCCAACGGUCCCCAGGUAUGCACCUCCAGAUGGUGGAGACGCCAGGUGCUAUCCUGGCCAUUGGGCAUCUUCACUUGGUCACAAGUGGCCGGUAAAGGUAAAGGGACCCCUGACCAUUAGGUCCAGUCGUGGCCGACUCUGGGGUUGCGGCGCUCAUCUCGCUUUAUUGGCCGAGGGAGCCGGCGUACAGCUUCUGGGUCAUGUGGCCAGCAUGACUAAGCCACUUCUGGCGAACCAGAGCAGCGCAUGGAAACGCCGUUUACCUUCCCGCUGGAGCGGUACCUAUUUAUCUACUAGCACUUUGACGUGCUUCCGAACUGCUAGGUUGGCAGGAGCAGGGACUGAGCAACGGGAGCUCACCCCAUUGCGGGGAUUCGAACUGCCAACCUUCUGAUCGGCAAGUCCUAGGCUCUGUGGUUUAACCCACAGCGCCACCCACUUCCCAAGUGGUUGGUAGCCCAGUGCAAAAUGCGCCUGGUGAAUUGUGAGUGCUGCUUCUUGAUCAGUGAGCUUGAUCAGCAGAAUCCCCCCCCCCCCUGCUGUGAUCUGGCAGGGAGUUUUUUGGGGGAAUUCUGUGCAUGUGAUUGUAAAGGAGAGAGCGGAGACUCGUAGUCCUCCUGAGCUGGAGAAAUGGUUGCCUUAUGGGAGCGGCCUCCUCUGUGCUCAGGAAUGUGGGAAAGGGUGCGUCAGGCGACCUCCUUCCCCAUGCCAAGAAGAUGCUGAGAAGAGGGUGAAGCAAACUGAGGCAGGGAAAACAUGCAGCUUUGCAGCUAAGCCCACAAGGAGUUGUUGGUCCUCCCGAAGUCUCAUAAACAGGGGUGGGGGCAGCGAACUUACCCAGCGCUUUGUUUUCCUACAGGAAAGCUUCCACAAAAGCAACCGUGAAUCUGUGCUAAUGUCUAUUGCAAAUAAAUAUGCAGGUUGGCAAUUUCAAGAGGUUCUUAGCUUUGCUUCCUAAAUAUGUUUCCUAAGAACGAAAACACUGCAGAGGUUUGCGUGGGAAGUCACGAAACAAUGUGACUAUUUGAAGUCCAUUUGUAAUAAUUUGGAAAUUCAAUAAAAUUACAUUGUAUAUAUAAAAACAAUUAGAUGUGUUACCUCAAUACUGAGCUGGGUUCAGGGUCUUUGUACAGUGGUACCUUGGUUCUCAAACGCCUUGGUACUCAAACAACUUGGAACCCAAACACUGCAAACCCGGAAGUAAGUGUUCCAGUUCGCGAACUUUUUUUGGAUGCUUGAACGUGCUUCAUUUUGACUGUUAUGCUUCCGAUUUGAGUGCCACACUUCUGUUUUGAGUGUUACACUGAGGUCUGUCUAUUUUUGCUAUUUUGCUUUUUUGUUUUUGCGGCUCUUUUUUCGUUUUUGUUACUGUGUGGAACCCAGUCCAGUUACUGAUUGAUUGAUUGAUUGUGUGACUGAAGUACAUUGUUUAUUGCUUUCAUUUUAUGGAGCAAUGGUCUUGUUAGAUAGUAAAAUCCAUGUUAAAUUGCUCUUUUAGGGGUUGUUUUUAAAAGUCUGGAACGGUUUAAUCCAUUUUACAUUACGUUCUUUGGGAAAGCGCGCCUUGGUUUUGGAACGCUUUGGUUUUGGAACGGACUUCCGGAACGGAUUAAGUUUGAGAACCAAGGUACCACUGUAUUAAUUUCCAAACCUUUACCAGCUAAAGUCCAGGGGUGGCCUGAGCCCUUCUAUCCCAGCUUGACCUCUGAGAUCAGGGACGGCCAACUUCUAAGAGACUGUGAUCUACUCACAGAAUAAAAAACUGGCCGUGAUCUACCCCUUUUUUGGGGGGGGUGUUUCAGGUCAAAGUUGUUGAGGCUUUUUUAGGGAGAAAGGGGGAAAGUCGCUCACUGCUAAGGAAAGGGAGCCAACGAUCGACCGCGAUCUACGAAAACCUCCUGAGGAUCUACUAGUAGAUCGCGGUCGACCUGUUGGACAUCCCUGCCUGAGAUCAUCAGCAGGAGCAUUCGGUCAUUCCCUCAGUUGGCGAGGCUUGCUUGACAGCAGUGAGAAACUGAGCCUUUGGUGUCUUUGGCCCUGUCCUGUGGAACGCUCUGCCACUAGACAUUCGGCAGAUGCCUUCUGCGUCAACAUUUUAAACUCCUGCUGAAAGCUUUUCUGCCAGGCUUGUUCAGGCAGUUAAGAGCAUGUCCUUCCACAAUGGCAAAUUGACAUUUUAAGACUUCCCAUAAUAGGCAUCUGCUUGGCUUCUGCGGGACACAGGGUGCUAAACUUUGGCUUGAUCCAGAAAGGAUACUUUUUGUAAGACCUCCCUCACCCCGCAGAGGUGAGUCUGGCACCUUCAUCAUAUGGAGAAGGUUGACUGCUGAAGACGGGACUCACCUCUUUGCCCUGGCUUUUGACAUUUGAGGUGCAUAGUUUUAAGUCCCACCUUAUUUCUGUGAUUGUAAACUACUUUAAGCUGUUUUCAAUCUUUUAAUGGUUGUAAGCUGCCCUGGACCUUGGGGCAAAGGGUGGGAAAUUAUUAUUUAUUUAUUUUUAAAAAGAAAUUAUUAUUGUUAUCAUUAUUACUAUUACUAUUUUAUUUUAUGCCUGCAAGUUCUUUCCCCUUUUUGGGUUUACCGUCAAUAACGCCACCUUGAAUUUCUGUUUUACAAUUGUAAUAUGACCAACUUCUCCCCUCUUCCUUUUUGUGAUACAUAGUUUGGGCUAUUUUGGACACACACCACAAGCCCCGACUCUUGGGUAUAUGCGUCACUUGUUCUAAGUCUGACACAGAUAAUAAGUGUCAUUGAGUAGUGAUUUGGAGGUGGGGGAGGGCCAUGGAGGGGGGAAAAUACACUCUGCUCUUGCUGCCUCCUCCGCCCUGUAUGGUGUCAUGAAACGUGACUUAUGAAUCGUAGCAACAGGCAGAUUUAUAUGGAAUUGUAUCAGCGUAACUGCUUUUUUUAAAUUUUGGUGCUGAGUUUAAGGCAGCUGGAAUUCUGCAUAUAUGCCUCUUUGCACCCUGGAAAAUCUUACUUGAUGGAAAGAAAUCCUUGUGCUUUAAAAAUCUCUUUGCAUGUGUGUGAAACCUGCAGGAUUGCUGAUGAGAAACUGCAUGUAUUUCUUUAUUGCAGUGGAUGACCACAGCACCUCUUUCUAGCUUGCCCCUACAAGGAAUGCUGGCGGUGGAGGCCAGAGGUCCCUAAACUUUUUCAGGGCCACCCACACCCUAAAAAGCAUUUUUCUGGGUAGCAAUUUGCAUGACCCAUGAUGGAAGAUAACAACACAACAAAAUUCAAAACAGUAACGCUUAAUUGCGUGUUUAUUCAAAAUCCAAUUAAAACAUUUAAUUUAAUUACCGUACUUUUCCUUGUAUAAGACUAGGUUUUUUUAACUUAAAAAUUAUGUGAAAAACUGUGGGUCGUCUUAUACAUGGGGCAAUCUCCCCCCUAUUUUCCUAAAUUGGAGUCCCUAAAAAUAGGGGGCAUCUUAUACACGAAAAAAUACGGUAAUUCAGCAAAAAUGGAUAAAUGGUUCCAGUGAUGCCUGCUUUUCAAAGUCUGAUAAUAAUAAUAAAGAAUAUCAACAACAAUAAUUUGCACCUCCAGUGCCUCGCUGCUGCCCCCAUGCCUCUUAGGACCCCACCCCACCAAAAAAGUGUAGUGGUAUAAGUUGUAAUGUUAGUUCUUCAGUAAGUGGUUUAAUCAGAACUGGAAUGGGUGAGGUGCAGACAGAAGCCCCCCUCUGCAGCAUUCGUAAAGUGAAUGUGGGCAUUUGACGCAGCAGGUCUCCUUAUACAGAGUCAGACCCUCCCAUCUGUCAGGCCCAUUAUCAAUGCUGACAGGUGGGGCAUUCGUAGCCCCCUCUGGAGGCACCAGGGACUGAACUUUCUGCCUGCAAAUGAGACGCCCUGCCAAUGAGCCACAGCCCUUCCCUUUAAGGACAUAGGAAGUUGCCUUACACUGAGUCAGAUCACCACUCUUAUCUACCUCGGUAUGGCCUGCACUGACUGGCAGCAGCUCUCCUGGUUUUCGAGCAGGGGGACAACUCUCAGCCCUGCCUGGAGCUGCUUGGGAACUGAACCCAGGACCCUCUUCGAGCAAAGCACAUGCUCUGCCACUGAAAUACAACUGCUCCCUUUUUUAAAAAACGAACUAAGAUUCUAGUCCUCAUGGUUCUGAAGAAAGGGCUGAUGUAAACAGGAACAGAGGUCCCUGCCUUAUUCCAUGUCACACCCUUGAUCCAUUUAGCGCAGUAUUUUCUGCACUGAUUGGCUCUCCAGAUUUUUGGUCGGGGAACAGUCCCAGCCCCACCUGCAGCCGCCGCGCAUUGAACUUGGGACCUCCUGUAUUCAAAGCACAUGCUCAGCCGCGAACUUUCUGCCCUUCCCCUGCAGAAGGUUAACAAUCAUCUACGUGUAAUCCUAGAAAUAUUUUUUCCAGCCUCGGCUGCAUUAAGUCAUACUUGCUUGGCCCUGCCUCAUGCCUGAGGAAUGACUCGUCACUGCUGCCUCAGUGUCCCUGUCUCUUAAAAAAGAGAAAUGGACGCAGGACACCCUCACUGAUUCCUCGUUAAUCCAGGAGACUUGGUGUAAUUAGCCCUGAUGAGGUAUUUGACAAAACACGAUGGCCCCGUGAGCUAGGGAUUCUGCUUCUCCCGCCCUCGCCAUAUGACAAAGCACCUUGAAGACCUGACUAAAUUGAGCUAUUUAUAAGCAGGGUGUCUGCAACCUGUGAAUUUGAGCGCCUGUGAGUUCCUGAGCCUGAACGCGGGAGGGCCUUGCCGCAUGCAGCCUUGGAGCCGUAUUUGCUUCGGUGAUGUGCCACGGGGGCAGGCGGAAGGGGCUGUUUGGGAGAGUGAAAACCCUGUAGCUAUUAAGCCAGAGCAGGUGACCUCUCCCCUUUGGCAUCCUGGCAUGGUACAGCCCCAGCGGACCACACCGCGUGACACCUCUGACUUGCUACAGCCAAGGACCUUCUGGAGGUUCUCCUGCUGCGAGAAGCCAAGUUACAGGGAACCAGGCAGAGGGUCUUCUCGGUGGUGGCACCCACCCUGCGAAAUGCCCUCCCACCAGAUGUCAAAGAGAAGAAGAACUACCAGACUUUUAGAAGACAUCUGAAGGGAAGCUUUUAAUGUUUGAUGUAUUACUGUAUUUUAAUAUUUUGUCGAAAGUGACAACUACCAGACUUUUAGAAGACAUCUGAAGGCAGCCCUCUUUAGGGAAGCUUUUAAUGUUUAACAGACUACUGUAUUUUAAUAUUCUGUUGGAAGCCGCCCAGAGUGGCUGGGAAAACCCAGAAAACACAGAAUUGUAGAGUUGCAAGGGACCCCGAGGGUCAUCUAGUCCAGGGGUCGGUAAACUUUUUCAGCAGGGGGCUGGUCCACUGUCCCUCAGACCUUGUGGGGGGCCGGACUAUAUUUUGAAGGAAAAAAAUAAUGAACGAUUUUUGCCCGGCCGAAAAGAGGCCUGAAGAUGCUUCGCUUUACUAGUCCCAGCUAUCGUCCCAAUAGCCGCAUUUGGACUUCUCCAGCCAGCCAGACGCCAUGGCGGGGUAGGAGGCUGAGUCGGCCAGUGAAGACAGAAACAGCAGCCCCGGAGGAGGAGCCGCGGGCAGAGGUAGGGGAACCGGGGCGUCGCCAGAGCUUUUACCCACCACCUGCUGCUGCUUCCUGAGAGGCACCGCAGAGAAGACAGAGCCGCCCUUUAACCUACAAGCAGUGGCCGCGGCCACCGCAACGAACCGCCUGAACACCAUGGGAGGAAUGAAGGAGGGAGGGAGGGGGCAACGAAGAAAGCGCGCGAGGAAGCGGCAUGGAAAAGGGGCGCGGAGAAGGAAGGGCUGAGGGAGAGGGAGAAGAAGCAGGAGGAAAACGCAGCAGCCACUGGUGUCGCAGGCCCCCUUCACAGCACUGCCCUGCUGAGGCGGGCAAGCCAACUCCCGCCAUCGACAGGACCUGGCGUGGGACAAGAUUGCUCUGUCUCUCAGGAGAAAAGCGCCGCCCUGUGAGGGAGAGGGAAAGAACGCGUGCUGGCGAUCCACAUGGCAAUUCCCGGCCAGUCCACGGGCCGAAUCUAGAAGGCAGUUGGGCCUGAUCUGGCCCGCGGACUUAGGUUGCCGACCCAUGAUCUAGUCCAACCCCCUGCAAUGCAGAAAUGGUAGCUAAAGAAUCCCUGGUUUGUUUGGCUCUACAGUGGUACCUCGGGUUACAGACGCUUCAGGUUAUAGACUCCGCUAUCCCAGAAAUAGUACCUCGGGUUAAGAACUUUGCUUCAGGAUGAGAACAGAAAUCGUGCGGCAGCAGCGGGAGGCCCCAUUAGCUAAUGUGGUACCUAAGGUUAAGAACAGUUUCAGGUUAAGAACGGACCUCCAGAACAAAUUUAAGUUCUUAACCUGAGGUACCACUGUAAUUUGAACAGAGGAGAGGAGGAGAAAUAUGGGGUGUAAUAAUGAAGACUUGGUGGAGGCCGUUCUACCUGGCUGUCAUUUUCAGGUCCAAAAGGAAGCUAAAACUACGACCUUGAAUCGAAUCUCAUUUCUGCUAUAAACUGGUCAGGUCAACCUUGGCAGGCUACACAGUCUCUUGGUCUCGGUCUUGGCAUUGAGCCCUGGGGAUGAUAAUUCUGGCCUACCUGUCAAGGAUGAUGUAAGGGUGAUGCUAAGGAAUGUAAGGAAGCUACAGGAGGUGCUUUGAAAGCAUUGCAUAAUUUCUAAUUUUUGAAAUUACCGUAGUGCAAGGUUCAAGGUCCUUGCAUUAAUUUGCAAGGCCCGAACAAUUUAGGUCCAGCUUGGUGACUUCCUGGACCCUCGUUUCCCGAGUCAGUGAGGCACAUUUGGCAACAACAAGAAUCCGAGCCUUUGGCACUAUUGGCCCAAUCCUGUGGAACGCUCUGCCACUAGAUAUUUAGCAGUCGCCUUCUGUGCCAACUUCUCAAUGCCUGCAGAAAACUUUCUAAUUCUGCCAGAUCUUCGUAGGCGAUUAAGAGCACAUCUUUCCACAACACUUAACUGAUGUCUGAUUGUGUCUUGUCAGCCCAAGAUGACGCUGUGGUUUUUCGAGGAAGUAGUCAAGCACAUGUCAAGGAAAAUAUUACUGGUGCCUAUUUGCGCUUUUUCUCCCUGCCUUUGAUCACCCUAAAUAAAGCGGAUUUGUUGAGUCCUUUUCUCAGAGGCCGGGCUCAACCCUCCCAUUGAUUCGAGGCCAGUCCUCCAGAAGGCUGGCUUCCCGAAUUCUCUCUCCUGUUCUCCCCCCUCCGGUGUCGUCGGAGGCUACCUAUUUUGACUUGAACUUGAGUUUCCUAUGGUAUGUGCUGCAGUGCUCAUUUUCAAAAGCCUCCAGUGUCGUCUGGAGCAGAUUAAUUCGAAAGGUUGAAGUCCUUGGGCCGCCAUAUGGUUGAGUUUAAAAUAAUGGAUUUGGAGGAGAUAGGCUGAAGGUUCGUCGUGUGUACAGAUGGGAAUUGUGUGUGAGCGAGGGAGAAACUUCAGAAUGUGGCUUUUGGAGGAAGCAGCUGAAGUAUUGCUGAGGAUUUCGUUUUUUUAAAGAGACGAUUGUGAGCCCUUGUGGCUAUUGAGAGGAAAUUGUGGGUGGAGAGUCCCAGGAUUAUAUGUCUUCUGGUUACAGGAUCGGUUUAUCCACCCACCCCUUCAAGGACGCUGCAGCCACAGUUUGGUGUGUCCUAAGAUGCAGCAGCAGGGAGGGCCACAGUUUGAUUCUAUACUCUUGAGAAGAGAGAGCAGAACAGGUUUCCUGUAGGAUCCUUGGAUGAAAUGGCGAGGAAACAGGGGCAAGAGUUUGGCACUGAUGCGCAGAGGAAGAAGACUUCAGUCAGGGUUGAAUUUUAAUUGUGAGACCACCCUCUUGGCUCCCGGUGCCUUCAGCUUUGUGUGUUUGUUUUCUGCAUUUUUAUCCCAAAUUCUUUCCUCUAAGCAGCUCAAGGAGGCAUACAUAGUUCCCCCCCCCCAAUUAUAUCCUCACAACUACCCUGUAAGGUAGGCCAGGCCAUGAGUGAGCUCCAUGGCUGAGUGGAGAUUCGAACCUGACCUCCCAGACCCCAGUCCAGCACUCUAACCCAGGCAUAGGCAAACUCCGGCCCUCCAGAUGUUUGGGACUACAAUUCCCAUCACCCCUAGCUAACAGGACCAGUGGUCAGGGAUGAUGGGAAUUGUAGUCCCAAACGUCUGGAGAUGCGGAGUUUGCCUGUGGCUGCUCUAACCACUAGGCCACACUGGCUCUAUGUGUGUGGAUGCAGAGAGGGGGGAGGGAAUUGAUACAUGCUUUUCAAGGUCCGAUGUAAUGUCAAGGUGCGCCAGCUUUCAAACGCAUCUGCUAGGUAUUAAAUAGGCUCACUACAUGCCAUUUGCUCGAUCGGCUGACUCGGAUCAUGUCCCCUUCCUCGGACAUGAUUGAUCCGGUCGUUCCUCAUACUGUAAGCUUUUCCGUCUACUCGUUGGGUCUCUGGAGGAGUCUCUGCUUCACAUAGAGACUCCUUUCUGAUGAGGCAGCGUGCUCAGAAGUUCUGUGCAGAAGUGCUCAGAACACAGUCUCAGCCAGAAACACAGAGUAGGAAGCUCCUUCUGAAGCAGAAUUGCUCAAAGCCCAGGCAGGCUUGUGUAGGGAGAUACGGUCCUUCAGACAAUUUGGGACCCAAGCCAUAUAGUAUAUACUUAUAGCAAGAAUUCCCAAAGUGUGUGGCACUACUCUCUUUGGUGUUUGUGUGUGAUUCUCUAGGAAGCUCGUCCAUUUUCUUCAAUUAGUUAAAUAUUUUUAAUUGGAUAUUGAAUAAAUGUGCAAUUGAUCAUUACUACUCUGAAUUUUAUUGUGUUACUAACUUCCUUGGAGGGUCAUAUUCUGAAUAAUUCUUUUCAUAGGAUAGUGGGCAUUGGGGGCGAGUUUAUGGAGCCAAGGGAGCAGUGUUAGAAACUGAGAUAUAUAAGCCAGGGGCCAAAUGGCUCCUUAAACCAGGGUUACAGUCGCCAAAACGGAAUGCCUAGUUGCCAUUUGGGGGUCAGAUGGCUCGAAAGUCGUAUUUUUCAAUGCAACUUUUUGGUUCCUGAAAUUCAUUCUGAUUGUGCAGAUAAAAUAUUGUUGUUGUUUAGUCGUUUAGUCGUGUCCGACUCUUCGUGACCCCCUGGACCAGAGCACGCAAGGCACUCCUGUCUUCCACUGCCUCCCGCAGUUUGGUCAAACUCAUGCUGGUAGCUUUGAGAACACUGUCCCACCAUCUCGUCCUCUGUCGUCCCCUUCUCCUUGUGCCCUCCAUCUUUCCCAACAUCAGGGUCUUUUCCAGGGAGUCUUCUCUUCUCAUGAGGUGGCCAAAGUCUUGGAGCCUCAGCUUCAGGAUCUGUCCUUCCAGUGAGCACUCAGGGCUGAUUUCCUUCAGAAUGGAGAGGUUUGAUCUUCUUGCAGUCCAUGGGACUCUCAAGAUAAAAUAUAGCGGACUGAAUUCUACAGGAUGUGUUGCUGAUGUGCAAAAACAGUCAAGAUCCAAGGAUCUCUAAGCGUGCGUCUCCAGAUGGUGGAGACGUCCUCCGCCAUCCUGGCGCCCAUCCAGGUGCAAAAUGCUCUGCAAGGGAGUGAUGGCUUGAAAAGGUUUGGGAACCACAGGUGUAUAUGGCAUCUUGCAAAAAUACCUACCAGCCUGUUAGCAUGGCUCAAUAAAAGCCUGCCACUGGUAGCUCACCGCUUGUUCGGACAAGAGACCUGCAGCUAGGACAUGGCCGAGCAAUGUGCGUGUUCGAGUGGAUUUUCUUUGCUUCCGGGCUGCGCUUGCUUGCAUCGAGCUUGUGGUUUGCACCCUUCUUGUGCCCUGCUGAGUCACUGGGAGAGCUUUGUUUGCAUCCCGCUGAUUGUGAGUGACAGGGCUAUCUUUACCAACGAUGCUGUCAUGUUGCCUUGGCCGCUCAAGGCAAGCAGAUUCCUCCUGGGGCAUAAGCGGGAGAACCUUGGCUGAAACCAUUUCGGCCAAGUCAUGUUGUGACACAAGAAGCUGCCUUCUAGUGAGACAGACCCUCAGUCCAUCUAGUGCAAUAUUGCCUACACUGACUGGCAGCCGCAGCUCUCCAGGAAUUCAGGCAGGGCACAUUCAAGACCUUGCUUAGAGAUUCUGUCGGGGAUUGAAACUGGGGCUUUCUGCAUGCAAAGCAGAAGCGUCUUCCCUGAGCUACCCCUAAAAGUAAAGUCAAGUUUCUAGUCCUCAUGUUUCUGAAUAAAGUGCUGAAUUAAUAGGAUUAUUUAAAAAUUACAGUAUUCAUUAGCAUAGAAAGGUUCCAUAUUCGAAGCCAGACCAUUGAGGUUCAGCUGGCUCAGUAUCGUCAUGCCUCGGUUGUAAAUAUUAAAGAUUAUACCAGCGAGAAUGAGUCUUUCUGUAAAAUAAUAAUAAAAAAGAUUUAAACCAAGUCUUACUGACUAGUGAUUUAAAUCGUGAUUUAAAUAGAUUUGAUUUAAAUCAAAUCCACCCUGACUUAACGUUGAAAGUGAAGUUCAAAUGAUUGGAUUGCUCAGUUGGUUAGAGCGUGGUGUUGAUGACGCCAAGGUUGGGACUGCUGUGUAUUCCUGCGGUGCAGGGGGUUGGACCAGGAGAUCCUCAGGGUCCCUUCCAAUCCUAUGAUUCUGUGAUCUUGCUUGGUACUAUUCCCUCUGGAAAAGAGGUAUAAUGGAGAAAAUGACGCAUCAUUUGGGAUUUUGAUAAAGGCUAGAACCUCCAGACACCUUGUUGACAAAACUGCUCUGACUUGGACGCCACAGUUGAUACAGGUCCGGUGGGUGUAACUUUGGCCUCUUGCUUGUCCUGUGUUAAUGGAUGCUUUCCAAUUUGUGCCGCCCAAGGAUGUGGGCAGGAUCCUUGGGAAAUGUGAGAGCCGCCACACGUGUGCUUGAUCCUUUCCCUUACUGGCUCAUCCAAAGGGCGAGUGAAGGCCAAAAAAUAUAAUCCAGAAACAAUGGAAAUGUUCAAAUGAUUCUUUAUGUAGACAAAGAUUAAAUGUAAGGUAUUGGUUGUGUUUAGAAUAGAUUUAUGAAAGAUUUAGAAAACUUAUUGAUUAGAAUAUUUGUGUGAGAUUGUAUGGGGAAAAUACGGAAUAACAGAUACAAUCUUGCUUAAAAUGUAUUUAGGAAGUGCAGUGUAAGUGAUGGAAGUCGGUCAAUGAAUUUUAUUAUUGAGAUAUUUGUAGAAUAAAUUUGGAAGAAACUCUUCCAACUUUUCUUCUUCUUUUUCUCUCUAUUUUUUCUUUUUUCUUUUCUUGCUUUUUCCUCUUUUGCUCUUUUUUUAUAUGUGUGCUUAUCUGAAAUAUGUAUGUAUAUAUGUAUUUGCAAUAUUUUGCUUAUAUUUUGUAAUAAUUAUGUUAAAUAAAUUAUAAAUUAUGUUAAAAAAAACAAAGGGUGAGCAGAGGGCUGGCAGAGGGGGCGAAGGUGCCUCCUUAGAACAAGAAAGGAUUCCAGGGCACCUAAAGGAGGCAGUUAAAAAACUUCUGUUGAAAAAGCCCUUCCUGAAUCUCACCGUAUUGGAUAGUUAUCAGCCAGUUUCCAACAUCCCUUUCGAGGGAAGGAAUUAAAGUGUGUGGUGGCAUCUCAGCUCCAGUGCUUUCUGGAGCAGAAAGAUUCUCGAGACCCAUGUCCAUCCGGCUUCAGGCCUGGCUGUGGGACAGAAAUGGCUUUGGUCACCUUGGUGGGUGACUUAUGUUGGGAACUGGACAGGAGGAAGGUGUCUCUGUUCUGCUGGACCUCUUGGCGGAUUUCGAUACCAUCAACCAUGGUAUCCUUCUGGGCUGGGAUGGGACUUGGAGGCACUGUUUUACAAUGGCUCCGUUCCUUCUUGCCGAGGUGAACCCAGAAGGCUCAUAAUUAUUUGUAUGGAUUAAGCAGAGUUUAUAUAGUUUUAAUUCUAUCAGUGUUUACUUGUAUUUUAAUGGUCAAUUUUUCUAUAUUCUUGUUUUUAUCUGUAAGCCUCCUUGAGUCCCAUCAGGGAAAAUGGUGGAGUACAAUUAAAUGCAAUAAUAAUAAUAAUAAUAAUGGAUUUGGCAUUUUUUUAUUACAAAUAAAGCAAAGCUAUCAUUUUCAAGAUGACCUUUGUCAUGACAUGAACUUGGCAAAUCUGGAACUAGACUUCAUAAUCCGAGAACGCUGGUAUUCUUUUUUUUGUUAUUUUUUUUUCCAAGUAAAUUUUUAUUAUUUAUUUUAAAUAUUCUUUUCCCAACAAUUCUUAUUAUCACAAUAUAUUCCCUUUGACUCUGCCGAGUCUUGACUUCCCUCCCUCCCUACAGUAUAUUUAUCACAUUCUUAUCACGUAUAUUAUUCUUAUAUCUCUACUAUUUUACAUUGAAGGUAUUAUUCCAGUCUUGCUAGUGUCUUUAAGUUUUUACAGUUCUCCUUUAAGUAUUCAAUAAAUUUACUCCAAUUGUUCUUGUAUCUCUGGUCCUCUUGGUCCCAGAUCCGCCCUGUCAAUUUGGCAAGUUCCGCAAAUUCUGUCAUCUUCAUCUCCUGGAUGGUUGGUAUAUCUUGUGUUUUCCAUUUUUGGGCCGGUAGGGUUCUUGCGGCGGCUGUGGCAUACAUAAACAGAUUCUGAUCUUUUGUUUUAAUCUCCCCUUUUCUUUGUUAUUUUAACCCAUGUGCAACUGUACUCAUUCUACCUGCCCAUUUGAUAAUUUUGUUUUUCGUCUUUUCAUUUUCACCCGACAUCUCUGUUCUCGGUACGUUAUAAAAUGAAAUUUUAAAAAAGAAGAAAAAGUUUACCAAGAAGAGAAGAGGAGGUCUGUCUUCACCAUUUGCCGAAAGCUGUAUAAAGAAAGGGCCAGACGCACUUCUCUGGGGAGGGAGUCCCACAAUUUAGGGGCCGCCAUGUUGUUGUUGUUGAGUCGUUUAGUCGUGUCCGACACUUCGUGACCCCCUGGACCAGAGCACGCCAGGCACUUCUGUCUUCCACUGCCUCCCGCAGUUUGGUCAAACUCAUGCUGGUAGCUUGGAGAACACUGUCCCACCAUCUCGUCCUCCAUCAUCCCCUUCUCCUUGGGCCCUCCAUCUUUCCCAACAUCAGGGUCUUUUCCAGGGAGGCUUCUCUUCUCAUGAGGUGGCCAAAGUAUUGGAGCCUCAGCUUCAGGAUCUGUCCUUCCAGUGAGCACUCAGGGCUGAUUUCCUUAAGAAUGGAGAGGUUGGAUCUUCUUGCAGGCCGCCAUAGAGAAGCCUGAAUAUGAGAUUCCUGCAUUGCCUGGGGCGGGACCGCAUGGCCCUCAUGGUUCCUUCCAACUCUACAAGUUUACGAUUCCAUGGCCCGCCUUUCCUGCCUUGCAACCCCCGUCCCCAAAGGCGUUUGCUGGAAAUCUCUGAGCGGCGGCAGCUGUGGAAACACUUGGGGAGCUGCCAUCUGCAGGCUUCGCAGACCAUUUUUGCCACAUAAUUUAUAGUUUUGCUUUUCUGGGAAAACAAGAGUGGCGGUGCAACAUCCGUCCUCCCUGGGUGUGUCUGGAGCGCUCCCUCUCCCUCUCCCUUGUUUGAAUUGGCUUCUCCUGGUGCUGGUUUUCUGGAGAGCCUUCAGAUAAUCCUGACCGCCUUCUCCCCACACGGGGGAAACCAGAGUUCAAGGCUGCCCAGCCUCUGUUUCUGCCAAACAGACAAACAAACAAGCAAACAAACAAACAAACAGACAAGAGUGCUAAUUUGCAACUGCUGUUUUGCAGCAGCUGCCUGAAGACCUCUGCUUUUGCGACUGCUGUGGGGAACCUGCAGUUUUCCAGAUGUUGCUGGACUCUCCAGCCCCCGCUCUGUCGUCCUUAACUAGCCAGCCAGCAUGUUGGCUGGCAGGAGCCUGAAGCCCAACAGGAUUAGGGUGGCGAGGCUGGCUCCAGCCGACCAGAAGGUUGCCGUUACCACCCCACGUUUCUUUUCACCCUUUGCAUAAGUGGUACCCAAACUUUUUUGGGAGUGACCACUGUCCUCUUGGUUCCAUCAACUUAUCCUGUAUAAAAAGCAUUAUCCAGAAGAGUGGUUUGCAUGACCCGCUAAGAAAGAAAAUACAGUGGUACCUCGGGUUACAUACGCUUCAGGUUACAGACUCCGCUAACCAAGAAAUAUUACCUCGGGUUAAGAACUUUGCUUCAGGUUGAGAACAGAAAUCGUGCUCUGGUGGCGCAGCGGCAGCAGGAGGCCCCAUUAGCUAAAGUGGUGCUUCAGGUUAAGAAUAAUUUCAGGUUAAGAACGGACCUCCGGAACGAAUUAAGUUCUUAACCCAAGGUACCACUGUACAGUGGUACCUCAGGUUACAAACACUUCGGGUUACAAACUCCGCUAACCCGUAAGUAGUACCUCGGGUUGAGAACUUUGCCCCAGGAUGAGAACAGAAUUCGGCGUCAGCGGUGCGGCACCAGCGAGAGGCCCCAUUAGCGAAAGCGUGCCUCAGGUUAAGAAUGGUUUCGGGUUAAGAAUGGACGAAUUAAGUUCGUAACCCGAGGUACCACUGUAACGUGAUGAAAUUCAGAACUAGACAUUGCAUUCAAAAUCCAGUUAAAACUAUUUAGUUUAAUUAGUUCCACAAAACUGAUGAAAUUGAGCCAGGGAUUCCAGAUUUGCUGAUAAUUGGGUGGUCAUUUAUGCUGCCCUGCCGCCCCAUUGCUGCUUAAUGCUCCCUCUGGGAAUCCCACCGCCCCCCCAAGGUGAGGUACUCCCCACUUAGGGAGCCCCUGGUCUAAACCCCCUCCCUCUCCCGGAUGGGGCAUGUGCUGAGACCCCUUUGGUAGCGGGAGAGCCCAUUCUGCCUUCACUUUCUGUGGGGGUGGGGUGGGGGGAGGCUUGUGCAGAGAGUGGACGAAAGCAUUGCCGAUGGACCUUUGGCUGGAUUUGGGGUGGGGGGCUGGCUGCCCGCUGGAGAUCCUGCCCUUUUGAGCAGUGUGGCGGCCAAAGAUUCAUUGUAGCACAUUACAAGAAUGGAGAUUCCGAUGAAGCGUCAGGGAGAACUUUCUGCGGGGAAGAGCUGUGGGCCAGUGGAAUGGAUGACACCUCGGAAGAUGGUGGACUCUCCUUCACGGGAGGUUUUUAAACAGUUUGGAUGGUCCGUCUGUCAGGGAUGUUUGGACUAGUAGACCCUUGGGGUCCCUUCCAAUUCUACGAUUCUGUGUCAUAGCUGUUGGCUAGGGUUUUGCUAAAGGUGACAUCUAUAUGCUUGUAACACCCGAUUUAUUUGUUUGUUUCCAGCACUGACCUGUUGCGCUUCCUCGUUUCAUUUGGACACAUCUUUAUGUUGUGUGGGGCGUCCUUUUCCUUUCCUGAGUGCGUUGCAGGGGGUUGGUCUGGAUGACCCUUUGGUUCCCUUCCAGCUCCACAGUUCUGUGAUUCUAUGAAUGCAAAGCAUAGUUUCCCUCCAUGCGGCUCUGACCUGUUUAGGCACCUUCCGGGUAUUUUACAAAUGCCUUAAAAUGACCAAUAAAGAGAUUUCUAGUUGCCCACCCAAGUUUUUCAGACAACCUGUAAAUCUGGCCCUUCCUUGCCUCUUCCCUCCUCCAGACUGAAGCGGAAGCCCGGAUCGAUGUCCCACCCGUUCCCACCCACCCGCAAGGAAUUCAUGAUCACAUGACCCUGGAUAUGGACGUCGUCCUAUCGGAUUUUGUACGCUCAACAGGGGCAGAGCCAGGAUUGGCAAGGGAUCUUCUUGAAGGUGAUGCCCUCCCCCUUUUGAUUUCUGAAAUUCUACGUAGUUUUCAGGACACGUUUUGCAAAGAGACUCUCAUCUUAGAAAGAGUGAGAGCUCUCUGUUUUUGGCCAGAACCACGUGUCAAGGAAGUAAACACAAGAGUUCUCAUUUCUCUGUUGGCACCAGGAAAUCUCUCCUUGUUGUUUUAUAUUAAGAAGGACAUUUGUGGGGUGGGGCUUUUCUAGAUAUUAGGGGAUACAAUUUUGAGUGGGGUGGCGGCGAUGAGAUAUGUUAGGCUGCUUCUUGAUAGAAGAGGGGGAUUUGACAAGCAUCGUUGAGGUGGUGGGAUGGCCACCUUCGGACAUCUGAAGGGCCGUCACCGUGGAAGGUGGAGUAAGCUCAUUUCCUGCUGCUCCAGAGGGGACGACCCAAACCGAUGGAUUCAAAUUGUAAGAACGGAGAUUCCAGCUGAACAUUAGGAAGGAAGAACUUUCUGAGAGCAGGUGCUCUUUCAAUAUUUCCCUCUGAAGGCAGCCCUGUUUAGGGAAGCUUUUAAUGUUUAACAGACUAUUGUAUUUUAAUAUUCUGUUGGAAGCCGCCCAGAGUGGCUGGGGAAACCCAGCCCAAUUGGUGGGGUAUAAAUUAAUAAUAAUAAUAAUAAUAAUAUAAGGUGGAGAACUCUCCCUCAUUGGAGGUUUUCAACAGAGGUUCGAUGGCCAUCUGUUGGGGAUUCUUGAACGCUGAUUCCUACAUUGCAGGGGGUUGGACUAGAUGACCUGGGGGGGCAUCUUCCGCCUCUGCAGUUCUGUGAUUCUAGGAUCUGUGAUUCAGAGAGGUGAGGGGACCUCUGCUUGGGGUUGGUUUGGUGGCUUUCAUUCUCCGAACCCUCUCUCUUCUCUUUCCUCUGGCGCAGGGAAAAACUGGGACCUGAGCGCAGCCCUGAGUGACUUUGAGCAGCUCCGGCAGGUGCACGCCGGGAACCUUCCCCAUUCCUUCAAUGAAGGCCGGGCCUUCAAGCACGUGGAAAAGGACGUGGCGUGGCCCCCGCGGCCCCCACUCCAGCGCCAGGAUGACAUUGUGCAAGGUAGGAGGGGGCGGCCUCAAUCGUGGGUGUUUGCUGCACGGGGAGGCAUGGCCCCUGUCUUCUUAAGCCCCUCCUCCUCUGCUCUGAUGAAAAGCUGCAGUUCAGUGCGUAGAGAGUGUCAGCAUGGUUGCAGAAGGUUCCCGAUUCAGUCCUCAGUGACUGCCAGUCAGAGUUGACAGUCCUGAGCUUGAUGGACCCAAGAGUCCAGCUCCAGCAGUGACUCCACUUGCGAAUAAGCCAGCUGUACGUGGCUUUGCGGUGCUGAAAAAAACUAGAAGUGUGGUGGAUCUUGUCUAGCAUCCUCUUCCCACAGUGGCCAGCCUGGGGGGGAACCUGCAAGCAGGAUUUGAGCACAAGAGACCUCUCUCCUCCUUGCAGUUUCCAGCAACUAGUAUUCAGGAACAUUGCUGCCUCUGACCGUGGAGGCAAAGCAGAGCCACUGAUAGGCUCAUCCUCCACCAGUUUGUCCAGUCCUCUUUUAAAGACAUCUAAGAUGGUGCCCCGGACGCGGGUGGCGCUGUGGGUUAAACCACAGAGCCUAGGACUUGCCGAUCAGGAGGUCGGCGGUUUGAAUCCCCGUGACGGGGUGAGCUCCCAUUGGUCGGUCCCUGCUCCUACCAACCUAACAGUUCAAAAGCACCUCAGAGUGCAAGUAGAUAAAUAGGUAGCACUCCGGCAGGAAGGGAAACGGCGUUUCCGUGUGCUGCUGUGGUUCGCCAGAAGCGGCUUAGUCCUGCUGGCCACAUGACCUGGAAGCUGUACGCCGGCUCCCUCAGCCAAUAAAGCGAAAUGAGUGCCACAACCCCAGAGUCAGCCACGACUGGACCUAAUGGUCAGGGGUCCCUUUACCUUUAAGAUGGUGCCCAUCGCUGCCUACUCUGGGAGGAGUCUGGUCUGUAGUUUUACCAUGCAGUCCUGUCUUUUACCCUUCCUUCGUUAACAUGGUUUCUGUUGUAUGCUCCUGUUUAUCCUGGCCUUUGGCACCUGAGAUACGUAUGUUUUCAGGACCCAGCCCUAUUCCCAUGACUGUGAUUUGUCUUAAACUCUUUCUAAUAUUUAAUUUUAAACUGCUGGUAAAUUCUUCCGCCCCCAUGGAGGGUGGGAAUAAAUUCAAUACAUCAUAAUACAUGCAGGUCCCGCUUUCCAAACCUUCGCUGUAUGAAAAUCCACUUAUCCAAACACAAACCUCUCUAUGCACAACACAUAUUCAAAUAUCCAAACGGCCGGAACUGGCCCACUUCCUUCCUUCCUUCCUUGGAGUUGGCUGGUUGGUGGCAGCCAUUUUCAGGCAUGAACCACGCAGGGAGGGAGAGAGAUCGGACAAAUCAGUUUUUGCUUCGUUUCUCGUUUUGCUGGUUGGCUGCAGCCAUUUUGGGAAGAAACCAUGGAGGGAGCAGGGCAGGGCAGAGAUCGAGCAAAUCCCCAAUUAGAAAUGGUCCCACAGGGGAUAAUAGAGACCACCGGCUCUCCAUGUGAACACUCGACCUAGCGAACGGUUUCCUGGGAAUGUGUUGCAUUCAGAAAGCCUGUGUUGAUGAAAUAAUGGCUCCCCUUUCUCUUUUCAGAGAAGCGCCUGUCUCGCGGCAUCUCUCAUGCCAGCUCCACCAUCGUCUCCAUGGCUCGCUCUCACGUCUCCAGCAACGGGGGCGGGGGCAGCGGCGGGGGGGUCGGCGGCAGCGGGGAGCACCUCCCAGAGAUGCCCAUCUGCACCUUCCAGCUUCCCGACCUGACUGUCUACAACGAGGAGUUCCGGUGCUUCAUCGAGCGCGAUCUCAUCGAGCAGUCGAUGCUGGUGGCGCUGGAGCAGGCGGGUAAGUGCCCGUGAUGUCAACACUGCGCCAUGGCUGUUUUCUUGGGCGGCGGUUGCUCAGGACGUAAACUUCCCUGGGUGCCCUUUCCCCUCUGAAGACCAGGCUUAGCGCUAGAGCAUGGGGAAGGAUUGCCCGGCUGGCCUGGCCGCAGAAGCGAUGAGGUGAUGCCUGUCAUUGGAAUUCUACUCAAUAUUGAUCCAGAGCAGAACUCCAGCAUAUAGUCAGCACAGUAAAAACUUCAACACGUUGCAGGAUUCCCAAUAAAUAGACCAGAGGCAAUUGGAUUUCAUACAGCAGAGAUUUACUGCUACUGAAGGCAAAUAAGCAUAAUGGUCACAAAUCCAAUACCGGGUGGCACUGUGGUCUAAACCACUCAGCCUCUUGGGCUUGCUGAUCAGAAGGUCGGCAGUUCGAAUCCCCGCGACGGAGGGAGCUCCCUCCCAUUGCUCUGUCCCAGCUCCUGCCAACCUAGCAGUUCGAAAGCACACCAGUGCAAGUAGAUAAAUAGGUACCACAGUGGUGGGAAGGUAAACGGCAUUUCCGUGCGCUCUGGCACCUGUCACGGUCCUCCGUUCGCCAGUAGCGGUUUAGACAUGCUGGCCACAUGACCCGGGAAUCUGUCUGUGGACAAACGCAAGCUCCCUCGACCUGAAAGCAAGAUGAGCGCCACAAUCCCAUAGUCGCCUUUGACUGGACUUAACCAUCCAGGGGUCCUUCACCUUUACCUUUUAUUAUUUAUUGAUUACAUUUAUAUAGCACUUUUUCCUCCCAGUGUGGUGUGGCUGGUUCUCCUCCUGCUCCUCACUUUAUCCCCACAACAGUCCUGUGAAGUAGGCUGAGAGGUGGUGACCAGCCCCCAAGAUCACACCCCAUGAGCUUCAUGGCUGGGUGGGGAUUUGAACCGUGAUCUCCCAUAUCCUAGUCUGAUACCACACUGGCUCUUAAUUCAUAUAUAUAUUUAUAUCCUAUCAUAUAUUGCAGAAUUGCAGCCGGAGAGUCUUAUCUGGAUUGAAGGGAAGAACAGUCCAUUGUUAUAAAUAAAUAUAUUGUCCCGAUCCCUCCUUGCAGAUAGCUGCCGCUUUGAAUUUGGGGGGCGGGGGGUGGAUGUUGGGAAAUUGGACCACAAAACCUACUUUGUCACAGCUCCUGUGGCUCUCAGGUCGCAUUUUCCUUUCGUUCGCCCCAUUAGCAUUCACUGACACCCCUCCUUUCAGGUUUAAUUGUAGGUUGUUGUUGUUUUAAGAGGUAUAUCAGGAAAAACCGAUCUUCAGCCAAGCCAGGCCCUGACCAGCCUGGAGACGCGUUCAGGUGGCUCCCUCGUUCCUUCUCCCCCGGGGACGUUUGAGAGGCCCUGCGAGGCAGAAUAUUUCCGCAAGGUGUGCCGUCCUGUGACAUAACCUGCUGUUAUUCCUCGGGAAGGCAGGGAUGUGGGCCUGCUCCAAUUCCCCGCCUCCAAAUACUCUGCAGACAUUUUCCCCUCUGAGUGGCAAGAAAGGGGGCGCAAUCUCUGGAACCCUUUUUGCUGUUCCCACAACUGUUCCAGCUUCCCCUCAGAUAUGGUUUCAUCUCUUCUGCUGUUUUGGGGCCCUCUUCCAUCCAGCGAUGGGGUUGGGUGCUCCUCAGACAUUUACCUUUCUUGAUUUUACUGCCUUAUCUCUUGUAAAUCGCUUUGAGGUUUUUUUUAGUGGUGUGUAAAUUUUAUGAAACUAACAAAGCAAAAAACUGGUCUCCUGGUGCGUCAAAUGUCUGGUGAACUGUGGAUCGAUGUUGGCAUGAGGCUUGUAGAGAGAGAGAGGCUGGGCUCAAAAAUGCCCGGAACUUUGAAAAGCACGAAAUAACUGCUUCCUGUUUGUUCACCUUUUUGACCAGGUCGUCUGAACUGGUGGGCCAAUGUCGAUCCCAGCUGCCAGCGGUUGCUCCCCUUAGCCACGACGGGCGACGGGAACUGCCUGCUCCACGCUGCAUCGCUAGGUAAGACCUCCUUGCCCCCGACACAAUGCAUUUUAAAAGCCACGGCGUCCCUGAGCCUUCCACAGAGCCCACAGAAUAUUCCAGUAAAUAUCCCCCAGGAAGAAAUCCACAGUGCACACAAUAGUCUUCUUGCUUAGAUCCCUUCUGCCCAGGCUGAGCCUCACUUGCACACGCCACGCAGCAGCCAUUUGUGCAAUGCCAUGCCCUCUUGGCUGCCAUUUUGUGCCCGGCGUCCACGGCACCUUCCUCAAAAUUCUAAAAGGUCGCUGACUCCUGGCAUAGAAUGAGAUAUUGAGAGGCCACUUCAGAUCUCCUAAUACACAGCUUAACUGUGUGUGUUAGCAUAUCUAUAAAUGUUUAUAUGUACAUGUACGAAUGUGUGUGCCUGUGUGUGUAAACAGUGGUACCUCGGGUUAAGUACUUAAUUCGUUCCGGAGGUCUGUACUUAACCUGAAACUGUUCUUAACCUGAAGCACCACUUUAGCUAAUGGGGCCUCCUGCUGCUGCCGCGCCGCCGGAGCAUGAUUUCUAUUCUCAUCCUGAAGCAAAGUUCUUAACCUGAAGCACUAUUUCUAGGUUAGCGGAGUCUGUAACCUGAAGCAUAUUUAACCUGAAGCGUAUGUAACCCGAGGUACCACUGUACAUGCAAAUAUUUAUUUACGUUACACACUGUAUAUGUAUAGGUAGGUUCUCUAUCAUACCUAGAUCCCAGGGCAUAGUAUAUGACUGACAAUCAACACUUCCAGUAUCGUCAUAAUGUUUCUGAGGGACAUUUGCCAUCAUAAUAGAGAAAAUGAACAUUUUCCAGGGACUCAACUAUACAGCUGCAAAUAAAAUAUUUUACAUAUGUUGUAAAGUGCAGUAUACAAAUGUGACACUAGAUGGCAGCAGUGAGCUAUGCAAAAUUCAUUGCAUUUUUCAAAACUUUUUUUUAAAAAAGGCAAUUUCACAGCCUUUUUUAUAUGUGUGUAGAUUCUACCCAGUAUUGUUCGUGCUUAAUGCUUUGUAGUGUUACAUUUGUCCACCUAUUCGUAUUUUAUGAAUUUACAAGUCUUGAGACAUCCUUUUUUGUGGGGGAGGGGAAACAAUGAAUAAAUAAAUAUAAACCUACAUAUUUUCAAAAGAGCAUUAUGAUUGACAGCUAACAUUUUCCGCAAUAUUGGAGGGUAAAAGAUUUCCCCCCUCAUCUUAUAAGGCAUAUGAAACGGAGAGAACAAUUAUAGCAACAGAUGAAAAUGAUAAAAGAUGGCAAACAAAACUAUGAAAUAGGCAGGUAGAGUGAGUGCCGUUGCAUGUGGGUUAAAAUAUUAAAAAUCCAGGUAAAGAAUAGUUGCAUUAAACAUUUCCAGCAUUAUUGUUCCUUAAUUUUUUUGGGGGGGGGGGAUAUUUAUCCUCAUGGAAGGCAAGGGGUGGGUGGAAUUAAUGAAUUCAUUGCAUCAGCUUAAGUACCACUUGUUUGGUUUUUAAAAAAAUCUCUCUUUCCUCCCUGUAGGCAUGUGGGGUUUUCACGACCGAGAUCUGAUGCUCCGCAAAGCCCUCUACGCCCUCAUGGACAAAGGGAUGGAAAGGGAGGCCCUCAAGCGGCGGUGGAGGUGGCAGCAGACGCAGCAGAACAAAGAGGUGAGGCCUGAUCCUGCAGGGCCCUUGGGGUUUCCUUACGACCAGCCUCCACUGGCACCCGGCACUUCCUUGGGGCUGAGGCUCAGCCCAGGAUCCCUUUCCUAUGUCUUGGAACAUAGGGAUGUCCACAAAUCCCAAGCGGUUUUUUAUGUCUUCCUUAUUGUGGGAGAAAGUUCCCUGGGAGUGGGGGUGGUUCAGGACAGAGGUUUGCACCGAAUCCCCAGUCGGCCAGACUCUAUUCAGCAACACGUUACAGGUCAGAGUCCAGAGAGUCUGCAGGAGUACAGUUGUACCCGCAAGUCAAACGGAAUCCGUUCCAGAAGUCCGUUCGACUUCCAAAACGUUCGGAAAGCAAGGCGUGGCUUCCAAUUGGCUGCAGGAAGCUCCUGCAGCCAAUCAGAAGCCGCAUCGGACAUUUGGGUUCCAAAGAACGUUCGCAAACCGGAACACUCAUUUCUGGGUUUGCGGCGUUCGGGAUACAAGGUACGACUGUAUUUCCAUUAUAAAACACAUUACACAGCCAAAAUGCACGUCAUCUGAGCUGCUUUCCCUCCCCCCAACCACCACUUGCCACCCUGUUACCCCACCAUAUCUCACCCAAACACAGUCCUUUGAAAUACUUUGUUGUUGUUUAGUCGUUUAGUCGUGUCCGACUCUUCGUGACCCCCUGGACCAGAGCACGCCAGGCAUUCCUGUCUUCCACUGCCUCCCGCUGUUUGGUCAAACUCAUGCUGGUAGCUUCGAGAACACUGUCCCACCAUCUCGUCCUCUGUCAUCCCCUUCUCCUUGUGCCCUCCAUCUUUCCCAACAUCAGGGUAUUUUCCAGGGAGUCUUCUCUUCUCAUGAGUUGGCCAAAGUACUGGAGCCUCAGCUUCAGAAUCUGUCCUUCCAGUGAGCACUCAGGGCUGAUUUCCUUCAGAAUGGAGAGUCUCCUUCUUUGGAGGUCUUUAAGCAGAGGCUUGACAACCAUAUGUCAGGAGUGCUCUGAUGGUGUUUCCUGCUUGGUAGGGGGUUGGACUCGAUGGCCCUUGUAGUCUCUUCCAACUCUAUGAUUCUAUGAUCUUCUUGCCGUCCAUGGGACUCUUGAAACACUUACUCAACCCAUUACAGUGGUACCUCAGGUUAAGUACUUAAUUCAUUCCGGAGGUCCGUACUUAACCUGAAACUGUUCUUAACCUGAAGCACCACUUUAGCUAAUGGGGCCUCCUGCCGCCGCCGCACGUUUUCUGUUCUCAUCCUGAAGCAAAGUUCUUAACCUGGACCACUAUAUCUGGGUUAGCGGAGUCUGUAACCUGAAGCGUAUGUAACCUGAGGUACCACUGUAUUAUUAUUUUUUACUGGAUGUGCAGAGCCCUCCUUGUACCUCACCUGGUUUUUAACUCUUAACAUUCCCCCUUAACUGGCUCUUACCAGUUUUGUGGCCAGGCGUACGUGACAGUAGCCUCGCUGAUGAAAGCUAACCUAAGUUGCACCUUGUUUUCCAAGCGCCGGCCAUGUCCACACCAGGCUAGUUUUAGCACCGGAUCCUCUCUGAGCAUUCAAGAAGCCCUGGACGGUUAACCUCCAGGAGCGCCCCAUGCCCUGCAAACUUAUUGAAAGUAUCCUUGCAGUGUGGAGAGAAGCCUCAAUUUACAUAUUUGUUUUCCCUCUCUUCCCGUUCGUCUUCCAACCACCUUAGUCCGGCCUCGUUUACACAGAAGAGGAAUGGCAAAAGGAGUGGAAUGAGCUGAUCAAACUGGCUUCCAGCGAGCCACGCAUGCACUACGGCACAAAUGGAGGGAGCUGCGGAGGGUGAGUGGUAUUUCCCUGCUCCCCACAGAUCACACCCAAGAUUGUUACACUGGGCUCUGCCCUUGAAGGCUCCCCAGAAACUUCAGGUGGUCCAUAAUGCAGGAGCAGGAAUGUCAAGUCAAGUAACCUUUAUUGGCAUCACAUAAGCAGGUGGUGCUGCGGGUUAAACCACAGAGCCUAGGACUUGCCGAUCAGAAGGUCGGCGGUUCGAAUCCCCACGACGGGGUGAGCUCCCAUUGCUCGGUCCCUGCUCCUGCCAACCUAGCAGUUCGAAAGCACGUCAAAGUGCAAGUAGAUAAAUAGGUACCGCUCCAGCGGGAAGGUAAACGGUGUUCGCUAGAAGCGGCUUAGUCAUGCUGGCCACAUGACCCGGAAGUUGUACGCCGGCUCCCUUGGACAGUAAAGCGAGAUGAGUGCCGCAACCCCAGAGUCAGUCACGACUGGACCUAAUGCUCAGGGGUUCCUUUACCCUUACCUUAAGAACAUUCAGAAUACAUUUAAAAUAGAUAGGCCAGUGCGAUCUCGUCACCACCCCAACAGCACAGUCACCCGCCAAAGGGCAGAAGAGGCGAGCAAUCCGCCUCAUCUCUGUGGGUUUCCAGCAAGGGCAGGAUCCUAUAGCAUACUUUGGAAACAAGAAAAUCAAAUAGAGGAACUUAGCUACUGUCUUGGUGAGCUCCUGGUCUCUCCCUUGUAAUAAGAAGUGCAUGACCUCUGUUGCUGGUUUCCAUGUUGGAAUACAUAGAUGGUCUAGAAACUGUCGGUGGAGAUCCUCAUAUAUUUUGCAUUUAAGGGCCAUGUAAGCUGGUGUUUCCACCAGGUGGGCAUCGCAUGGGCAGAUCCUAUCUUCUGCCAAACCCGCAAACCUACCCCAAAGGUGGUUAGAAGGAUUAGAAUUGAACCUAGCCAGCCAAAAAGCCCUUCUUUCUUGUGGAUUAAACAAAAAUUGUAAAUAAUUGAGAUUAAAUUCCGAGCAGGAAUGGAUGUGAGGGCGAUUUGGCUGCAACAUCUGUCACCCCAUUGAUCGCCAGGGUUGAUUCGGCUGUUCCGUUUGGCUAGGCGGGUGUCCCCUUCUUCCCUCACCCCUCCAUGUGCAUCCCUCCCGAAGCUGUGCGCUCGGUGGAAGAGGACGACCAUCCCAGAUAGAAGGAAUGUACCGUUUUUCGGUCAAGGGUAUACAAUAGCUGCGCUUCUCUGCUAGAGCAGGAAUGUGUCUGUCUUGCAAGAGCCACAUUCAAGUGGGAGUGGAUGCCAUGAAAUCCUACUCAAUAAUGAUCCAGAGUAGAUUCCAACGUAGCAGAGUAGAAACUUAAAACACAUUGCAGGAUUCCCCCCAAAAUAGAUCAGAGGCAAUUGUAUUUCAUCCAGCAGAGCAUUACUGCUACUGAAGGCAAAUGAGCUCAAUGGUCACAAAUCCAAUACAUUGAAGAUGGGCACUGUCCAUAAGAAAUCCAGUUGCAUCAGUGAGAAAACGAAAUGCAAACUGAUAGUGGGAACCCGAUUGACAACCUUUUGAGAGCCUUCACGGCUCAGGUUGGGGAGGAUGAUGGGAGUUGGAGUCCGGCAACAACAUCUGGAAGUCCACCUGCUUCCUCAUGUCCAUGGUUUACAGCCUUACAGGCUGGACAGCAGUGGAGGCAAACUCUAAAUCAGUGUUUCUCAUACUUAGGUCUCCAGUUGUUGGACUACAACUCCCAUCAUCCCUAGCUGGAAGGACCAGUGGUCAGGGAUGAUGGGGGUUGGAGUCCAACAGCAGCUGGAGAUCCAUCUCUGCGGAACACUGCUCUAAACAGGUUGUUUGAAAUGCAUUGGUCUGGCAUCGGGUCUCUAAAAUCUGAUCAGAUCGCCUACACUUUGGAACUCCCUGCCUGUUGAUAUCAGGCAGGUUUCUUCACUGUACACUUUUCAGCAGCUGCUGAGAAGAUUUUUCUUUAGACAAGCCUACUCAGGUGUUUAGGAAAUGGAUGUGAGUCUUCAUCUGCUGUGCAAUAACAAUUUAAACUUUUCAAAAGACUUAAAUUGUUGUUUUUAAUUGUUCUUAGCGAUCAUUUUGCUUUAUUCCUUUUUUGUAAACUGCUUUGAGGUCUGUUACAAUCAAACGCUGUAUAAAUUUUAUUACAUAAAUAAGUUAAUGAGCAGAACAGCGCUUCGGAGGCUGCUAGUUUAGAGUAGAGGUUGAGGGUGCCUGUGGCCUCUCAGACGUCCCUGUGGUCCAACUCUCGUCAUUUACCCUGGCUGUUGGCCAUGCCAGUGGCUGAGGCUCUCCAAUCCGUGCUGCCCCCUUUCUGGUCUUCGCUCCCCAUUUCCCCCAGCUGAAACUGUUUGCAUUUAUGGGUGCUGCCAAACACUCCCGAGUCAAAACGUCUGACAGCUCUCCCCUUUUCUCCCCCGCUACCCCACAGUGUGGAAGGCUCCGAGGAGCCUGUGUACGAGAGCCUGGAAGAGUUCCACGUCUUUGUCCUGGCCCACGUGCUCAAGAGGCCCAUCGUGGUCGUGGCGGACACCAUGCUGCGAGACUCUGGAGGGGAAGGUAGGAGCAGUGGCUGCGGAGCAAACCCAGAGGGCAGACGUCUCCUCCAUCCACUGAAGAGGGAGGCUGGGCGGCGGGCAACUUCUUCCACAGGGGUGGGGGUCAAACCAGAUCGGGAAUGAGGGGACGGCUCCAGUCGUGUCCCGUACAUAGAGGGACCCCCAAUCCCCAGUGGAGGACUUCUUGGAAGGAGGCAAGACCCAGAGCAGGCACUCGUGCAGAGGGGCAUCGGGCAGACGCUGCUGCCAAGGGUUGCUUUGAGUUCCCGCUAGCGUUGCAGUGGACUGAAAGUUAACUCUUGCAGCCCACAACUGAGGGGUAUUUCUGUAUCAUCAGCAGGGUGCUCAGUUCCUUCUCACUUCUCUCUCUCUCUCUCUCUCUCUUAGCAUUCGCUCCUAUCCCCUUUGGCGGCAUUUAUCUGCCCUUGGAGGUCCCCGCCAACAAGUGCCACCGCUCUCCCCUGGUCCUAGCCUACGACCAGGCCCACUUCUCUGCCCUGGUAUCCAUGGAGCAGAAAGAACCUCCCAAGGAACAAGGUACGUGCAGAGGGGCAGCACUUCUAAGUUCUGCUUAUGCCCGGCCGAGAAAGCGGAAGGAUAAAAAAUUUCCCUCCCUCUCGCACGACGCCGGAAGUCGUGGGCAUCCGGUGAAGCUGAAUAUUGGGAGAUUCAGGACAGGUAAGAAAGGAUUUUCCCACGCAGCACAGAGUUAAGCUGUGGAACUCACUGCCACAGGAAGAUGGCCACCAUUUGCCAUCAAGUCUCAAGUUUGAUGAGAGUGAGAGGAAAUCACUUCUCCAGCAAGUUAUUUUAGCAACUCCUAUCAUGUUGCCUCCUACCUUCCGUUCCUCUAAACCAGCGGUUCUCAACCUGUGGGUCCCCAGAUGUUGUUGGACUACAACUCCCAUCAUCCCUGACCACUGGUCAUGCUGGCUAGGAAUGAUGGGAGUUGUAGUCCAACAACAUCUGGGGACCCACACAGUCCCAAAAGCACAACCUUAACCUCAACUGAGUCAGUAACUCCAUCCCAGCCCCUGCCAACCUUCUUUUGAACCCGAGUCUCCCUCGAGCUGGAUGGUGCUGGGUCUGCUUCUGAAAGGGGCGAGCUUCUCAGCCUUUGCCUGGCUGCCUCUCCCCUUUGCUUUCCUGCAGCCCCCCAGGCUGUUGCCUUUCCUGGCAUCUGAAAGAGCUAUUCCUUUUUUCCGCCACAGCUGUGAUUCCGCUCACCGACUCUGAGCACAAGCUGCUCCCAGUGCACUUUGCUGUGGACCCCGGGAAAGACUGGGAGUGGGGUAAGGACGACAACGACAAUGUCCGGCUGGCCAGGUGAGUGGGAAGGGGUCGGUUUGGGGACAACAAAGGGGAGCCGCUUGGGAGGUUGGAAGGACUCAAGACAACACAGUCUGGGGCAGACGUGGUCUCAUCCAGGGUCUCAUCCAGCAGCGCCUACGUUCUUAAGGGGUGAGCUUGUGCUGGGUGGGUUCAGGAGGAGGAUUGAUCGGUGGAGUGGAGGGAGGUGGCAGGCAUGGAGAGUGGCUGCCUUUUUGAGGAAGGAGAGACGGCCAUCUUGGAAUCUGGAAUUUACCUCCGGCCCGGAACAUCUCCCACUUAAUGGUUUCUGAGCACCAUGGUUUCAACUUGUGGGAGAAAGUCAGCUACUCGGGAGUGUUGGAGAGAUCCUACAGCUCUGAAUUUUGACUCUGCCUCGCAUCUUUCCCCCGUUGUUUUUGUUUAGUGUGACGCUCUCGCUGGAAGCCAAGCUGCACCUACUGCACAGCUACAUGAAUGUAAAGUGGAUCACGUUGCCUUGCGAAAUGCAGGUAAGGGAAACCACCUUCCAGUUUCCAAGGAGGGCAGGUGUCCUAUAAUCCGAUUCCUGUUCUGCUCUGGCGUGGAGAGAACACCAGGGGCUAACAGAAGACCCCCCCAGCCCAAAAUAGGGCAAAGCAGACCCUUGCUAACUCCGCUUACCUCUCUCUCUCUCUCUCUCUCUCUCUCUCUCUCUCUCUCUCCUGCCCCACUUUCCCCAGGCGCCUCUCGCGCAGCCCGAGUCGCCGACCGCUUCCGCGGGGGACGAUGCCCGGUCGGCGGCCGACUCGGGCGACUCGGACAAGGAGUCCGUCUGCAGCAGCUCUGCCAGCAACAGCGGAGGCAGCAAGAGCAGCAGCAGCAAGGAGAAGGAGAAGACCAAGAAGGAGCGGGAGAAGGACAAGGAGAAGAAGCGGGCCGACUCGGUGGCCAACAAGCUCGGCAGCUUUGGCAAGACGCUGGGCAGCAAGCUGAAGAAGAACAUGGGGGGCCUGAUGCACAGCCGGACGGUCAAGGGGGGCGUUAGCAACGGGCAAGGGGGCGAGACCCUGGAGAAGAAGAAGAAGAAGGGCUCUGUCAAGGUGAGGAAAGGCAGCAAGGACGAGGCGUUGUCCAGCGACUCGGCCACUCCGCCCGAGAAGCCCUACGCGGGCAAGGUGACCGCCGAGAAGCCGCCGGACGGCUGCAAGUACAGCAGCGACGUCCGGCUGAGUUUGAGCAUCCUGCGGGCCGCCAUGCAAGGGGAGCGGAAGUUCAUCUUCGCCGGGCAGCUCAAGACCAGCCACCGGCACCCGUUUCAGGAGGAGAUGAUCCAGCGGUACCUCUCGGAUGCCGAGGAGCGCUUUUCGGCGGAGCAGAAGCAGAAGGAGGCGGAGAGGAAGGCGGCCGCGGCGCUGGGCAGCGGCGGGGUGGCGGCCAAGAGGCCGGACUCGGACGGCAACCCCCUCAAAGGCGAGGAGGGCUUGCUGGGCACGGCGUACCCUCCAGGGCUCCCUCCGUACGGGCUCCAGAGUCCCGACCUGGCUGCCGUGGGGGCUAAGAUGGCCGGCUUCCCCUCCAGCUACUCAGGGGUCUUCACCAUCCCUCGCCCCUCCAUGACGGGCGGCGUGGAGGGCUCCCAUCCGCCCAGCUACCAAGAGAGCCGGAGGCAGCUUGCCGGUGGACCCUGCAGCCCCCUGCCGCCCUAUGCCACCUUGCCCAGGCACUGCCCGCCGGGCCGCCCUCACCCGUACCAGACCAGCCCUUCCCACCUGGGCGGGCGCUUCUCUCCCACCGAGACGGACACGCCCCCCGGCUACGUGGGGGCAGACUGCGACCCCUCUCCCUGCCCGGGCCUGCCCGCCAACGGCUUCCGGGAGUACGCGGAGGCGGGUGGCUGCUCUCCCAAAGGCAGCGAGCGCAGCAAAGCCCGGCUGCUCUACAACCUCCAGCAGACGAAAUGCAAACAGCCGAACUGCAGCUUUUACGGGCACCCGGAGACCGGGAACUACUGCUCCUGCUGCUACAAGGAGGAGCUGAAGCGCAAGGAAAGAGAGAGGGAGGCCUUGAUACACAGGUUCUGAAGGGCCGGGCACCGGACUUCCUGGCCCCCCGGACCCACGCGAUCCGUGGGCAAUGCAAUAACGCGUCCUCCCUUCCCCUCGCCCCUCCUUCCCCGCCUCGUCGAGGAGAAGGGCUGGCCGGUGUCAGAGGGGGCGGCAAGCUGCUGGUGGGGGGCGUGGGGCAGAAGGCGAGACACCCCCCCUCGCUUCCGGGGAGGGAGGGAGCAUGGAGAGAGGGCAGCAAAACACUGUUGGAGAACAGAAGGGAUUGGCAAAGGGUUGGAGGAAUCGGGAAGGUUUGAGUUUUGCAGGUCGGAAGCCGUCAAACCGAGCAGAACUUCUAGACCAAAGCUUUGAAUUCCAAGGGUAAAACAUACAUGGUGUUGAAGGGGGGGGGGCUUUCUCUCUAUCUGCCCCCAACGUGAUUUUCCUUUUUUCAUUUCAAAGGGAUUAAACCCGCCAUCCCUACAUUUCCCCCCAAGUUUGAAAUCUUUUUUUCCUCUUUUUAUUAAGUAAUAUUAACCAGCUUUUUUGAUUUUUUUAAAAAAUAUUUUUAGGUUUUUCUCCCACCCCUUAAAACAUGGCUUUUUUUUUUUAAGUCGGAAAAAGGACCUUUCCCCCUUUCUCUUGAGUCUCAACACUCCUGUUAACCUCCGCCUUGUCCAGAUUCUGCCCCUCUCCUUCCCGCAAUCCUCUCCGGUCUGUCGCAGCUAGCUUCGAAGCCUUUUUAGAGGAGUUGGGCUUGGGAUAUUCUUUUUAAAAAGAUAUAUUUUUUAUUAAAACAAACAAACAAAAGGACCCUCUCUUGUAGGGAGCUGCGGGUGGGGUGGGCGGAGGGAGGGAACCAUCAAGUCGCAAUACUGAGUGUGUGUGUGUGUGCGUGUGAUUGAGAGAGAGUUUUUUACUGUGCAAAAAAGCAAAAAAACAAAACCCAAGCCUGUUCUUUAGAUGGUCAUACCUACUUUGGGGGUGGGGGUGGGAAUAGAAACCAGAACUUGAAUUGGUGGGGACUUUGUUAAGAGCAAUAAACCUCUGCAAACAACUUGAAAACCGGGAGAGAUAGGACAAAGAGAGUUAUCUGGGCAUCACUGUGGUUCGAUUUCCACGGCCCCUCUGCAACGCCGGUUACACGUGUGUGUACAAAUUCUCUUACCUGCAGAGAAUCACUUCCUUCCCGCACGAGCUGUUUUGUUUUCUUUCGUUUUGUUUUUCUCCUAGACUACCUCUGUUCUGCUGAGUAGAAAUAAUCUGGCUCUCUUUUGCCGAGCCGAUACUUUGACUGUGGGAAUGACGAGUAAAAAUACUAAAGAAUUAUAGAUAUAUAUUUUUAACAGGGCUCUACAUUUGUGUUAGAGGGGAGGGGCGGGUAGCAGGUGGGAGGGAUGUAAAAAACAGAGAACUAACUAUACACUAUAUUUUUCUUGUUUUGGGGGGGCGGGGGAGGGAAAUGACCCCCCCGUUUCCCCACAAAUCUCGCCCCCCCCCAAGCCCCUGGAAAUCUAUGGCGUUUUUAGAAAAUUCCUUCCCCCUGCUACACCUACCGUCGCUGCUGCAAUACGAAUGUUUAUUUCCCCAGGGUAGGGAACGGCCUUGGAAACCUUCGUCUGACACGGGUUUGAGCGGGAGCCCGCGAAAAGCGAAGAACGGGGGGCCGUAAAGCGGGCAAGAUCCGGUGGGGAGGUACGUCUGACUCGCUGACGAGUCUCCGAAACUAUGCAAUUCUUUUUCCACUCCAAAGCUGCCCGGGUAGGACCAAGAGGGAUAAUGCAAGUGUACUUAAAAAAAUCAGAACGACUGGGCAAAAGACGAAACAAAACUCGGGUAGUUUUCUUAGCUCCUUUGCGCUGCCUUAACGGGAAAGGGGUGGUUGUCUUCAUGGCUUUGUUUAGAGGAUGGGGCAAAAAGGAUUGUGCCCAUACAGACCGCCGGGCUCAGCCUGUUGAGGGCUCGGCUGCCUCGUAUGAAAGGGGAGUGCGAUUUUGCGGGGAAAGUCCUCUUCCAACCCCAUGUGGGACAAAGGCUCUGCCCUACCCGUCCCCUUCGCUACAGUGGUGUCCACCGGCAAUUUCAAAGCUUCACGGAUUUCAGAGCGGAUGGGGUAUUUUUCCCUGGUCAGGGGUGGCUGCGUGGAGCUAGCAGAAGACUGGAGUGGGGAGCAAUAGCAGAUGAAUUAUUGGGGCGCAGGACUCCCUGUGUGCAGUUCUCCACUCCGAUGGAAGAGGCAAAGGCCUGUGCAAAAAUGAGGAGCCUUUGGCUUUCCGAACGUGGCUGAACUACGACUCCCAUGGGAGUCGUAGUUCAGCGGCACCUGCGAGGCAAAAAGAUAUCACUCCAUGGUCAGGAGAAGGAUUGGGAGCCUUCAUCCCUCCAGCCAGCAUAACCCUCUGGCCCUCUGUUAUGCCAGCUGACGGGAGUCAAGGGCCGCGGACAUUCCUCCUCCCUUUAUUCCAGGGGGUAAACAGUUUGGGUGCUUGUUCCUGGGGGGUUUAGCCUGCCUAGGGCGUGGGUGGCAAGCCAGGGCCUCUUCAGUGGAAACACCUGGAGAGAGAGAGAGAGCACCCCAGGUAAUUUUCGAUGCCUGAAGCAUCCUUUGCUAAAUGACAAGAAACCCUUUGAAGGAAGGCCGCCUUGAGUUGUGCUCACAGCUCCAUAACGCACAUAGUUAAAAUGAAAGGCAUCGCUGCCUAGCUGGGAAGUAGCCAAAUUUUCUUUGCUCGUCACACGUGUGGGCUGUGUGUGUGUGUGUGUGUGUGUACAUGUUCUUUUCCACCCCCUAAAAUACCUCCCAAGUACAGGCAUAGGCAAACUUGGCCCUCCAGCUGUUUUGGGACUACAACUCCCAUCAUCCCUGACCGCUGGUCCUGAUAGCUACGGAUGAUGGGAGUUGUAGUCCCAAAACAUCUGGAGGGCCGAGUUGGCCUCUGCCUGCCCAAGCAUAUUUUCCUGGGGCUUUUGGAUGAAACAGUUGCAUCUAUUGUCAUCUUUCUGCCCACCUUUGAGUGCAUUGGGGUUGGCCAGCGGGAGCAUUCACUGAGGGUUGUGGUGGUUUUUUUUUUGCAAAGUUUGAUCUGUAUUUAAAACGAAAACCCUCCUGAAUGAAUCAGGCCAUUAAAGGUGGAUACGUGUAUGUAUGUAGUCUGGAAAAGGGGAAUGGCGAGGUUGGAAGAUUGGAUCGUGGAAGGUUUUGCAGUCAUUUGGGAAAAAAAACCACCCAAAAAGUCAUUUUUUGCUUUAAGUAGUAACCCAUGUUUCCCAUCUGCUAGAGUAUCUUAAGGCCAAAGUUAGGGUAAUGUCCAUUCAUUUUCUCUUUGCGUUAGGACAGCAUGGUUGGCGCUCACCCAAAUCCUUGCUUAGACCCUCUUGAAAUUAAUGGACCUAAACUAGUCGACAUGGAUGAAUUUCUAGGGGUCUACUCUGAGUAGGGCUAACAAGUGACUUAUAGCCCUCCCCCCCCCCCUCUAACUCACAAAUUAUAAUUUCUUCAGAUCUCGCCUCGAUGGUUAGUCACUGGUCUCUUGUGUCUGGUCUUAUUUCAUUAGUAAUAUUAUUAUUUCUGCAAUUAGGUUGUAGUACUUUUUAAAAAAUCAAGGGGAGAAAUGAACUUGAAGCAUUUUUGAGUUUGCUUUUUCUUUAAAAAAAAGUAUUUUUCUUCUGUGAACACCAGAGUGCAAACUAACGUCCAAAUUCCAAAGCCCUUCCUGCCUUAAUGACGUCACGAUGAAUUCUAAUUAAUUAACUUUCAUAUACUCGGGGGGACUCUGAAUCAGUGUAGCUGUGUCUGGCUGGCUUUAGUUUUUUAAAAAAUAAAUCAAUUUUUUCUAAUAUUCCACCUUGUUUCCUUUAUGGCGAACAUCUCUUCCCACCCCAACCUCAUGCUUCAUUCCUUAAAAGGGAAUAUUUUAAAAAAGACGUCUUAUUUAUUGAACUGAUGCAAACCCCUUCUGUUUCCCCCCCCCAAAAAAAACCCAUUCCCUAGGCAGCUGAAAACUACAAUGAAAAUGUUUUAUGGUACACUCCACCCCCCUUUUUACUUUUUAGAAAAGGCUAGGUUGCAAGAGGGAGAGUUAAGCAGUCUGAAUUUCCAAGCACCUUUUCAUUUCAGAAACAUACAUUUCGGUGAGGUUAGGGGUUUGUGUUUGUGUAUGUUUGUAAAGUGGGGAGAAGAAUGGUAUGUUUGAUUGUGGUCCAGCCCCCUCUAGUGGUCAGGAGUGGUUCUGCCACACCUCGGCCACAUGUUUCCCACUGGGUUUUUGGGGGGUGGGAGGAUUGGGGUUGGAAAUUAAAACAAAAACACAGUUUUGCACACUUUCUUGUGCAAAGGAAGGAAAUGGGGUGAACCCCAAGCUGUGGCUUUUGACAUUUCUUAUGCUAGGACAUCCUCUGGACUGUCCCUCCCUUUCCGCCCCCCCUCCCCAAAUAGGUUAAAGCGGUUGGAAUGAACCCAAGUACUGUCAUUGCUCUAGAGGCAUAAACGUUUGAAAAAAUAUAUAAAUAUAUAUAUAUAUAUAGAAAUAUGCACAACAAUACAUUUUGCACAGCAAAAAAAAGAGCCUCAUUGGACAACGGUUUUUAGUUUCGUUUAUUCUAUGCGAGCUCAUUAACUCUUAAGGUUCUGUCUCAGUUUCUUUCAAUUUGCUUUUUUUUUCCUGGAGGGAAGGGGGAGAUAGAAUGACUGUGGGGUUUGUUUGUUUUUUGUUGUUGUUCCAAGGGAUUAAUUAAAAAAAAGUCCAGGGUAUAACUUUAACCAGCUUGUAGAGUCUCCAUAGAAAGGUUUCUCUUUUAUGGGUUUUAUUUUUUCUCCUGCUAGUUGUCCGAGAAGUGACCUGAAUUAAUUCUCCC